UUCUUAUUUAUAGAAGGAAACCACCUGUUAAAAUAAGAAUAAUGAUAACUCUAAGCUACAAGGUGAAGUAAACAAACACUUCUACACAUCCUAUGCAUCAUUAAAUGCAAAAAAAAGAUCCCAUUAACCGCUCUGGAGGCUUAUUCUUAUGUUUAGAUCUAGAUUUCUUUGCAUGACUUGACACCUUAUCCUUGUCAUGCGUAUCAUUACUCCAACUGUAAGCAGACUGGAAUUGUUUGAAGGUUCGAAUCUUUUAUUUUAAACUCAUAAAGUAUGCUUUUCUAUGCCCAGCGUCUCUACUACUCAAGCAUUUGAAGGGCGCUUGAAACAUUAAGUGUGUAGAAAAGGGAAUAUUUGCACAGUUGUUGAUCAAUAUUAGCUUAACAGUGACAUCGAGCAAAUCUGGUGGUGUUGUAGGCGUGUCAUUUGGUGAGAAAAAGCAGAGCCAAUUUUAUCUGCCGUGCCCUUAUAAUCAGCCAUGGUUGAUUCUACGUCUACCCAUAAUGCAGUAGUCACAUUUUGGAAUUGUAGGCCAUUCAAUUCCAGUCUGUUUUAUGGUAAGUUAAACACUCCUAACAGGGGCUGUAAUACAACUUACCAUUGGAUCGGAGUUCGCCUAAUGUUUGCAGAGCUAGCACCCCCAAUUAUCAGUCCUCCUUGCAGGUUCAUGUCCAUGUAUCUGUGCUGCUCAUGCCGGCCCUAAUCCACUGGUUAUAGUCCAAUUUCACUAGACUUACGCUGCGUUUGAGUUAGUUAUUUUAGUGUUUACCUUGUCCAAUUAUAAGCAAGGACAGGGCAAGCGCUUGAAUAACUUUUGCAGAUGUAGCCAUCUUGUUUAAGCCCCCGAUUUUGCUUUUUCCCGAAAAAUGCUGGUAACUCGGGUGUGACGUCAUUCCCAGCUCCGACAUCUGACUUCCAAGGUAACUCAAAUGUAGCAACAGCUUGCCAAACUACACCACACUCUGAGACGUCAUCUGUCAUCUGUGCUUGUUUACAUCCAGGUAGUAGACCUGGGACUUAAGAGCUGGAGUUAUCGCGGCUAGAUGCUGUAGGCUGUGCUGCAGUUUAGACAGGCAUUUUAGGCCAUUAUGUAUAUAUUCAUGUAAAUAUAUAUGAAUAUAAAUCUAGAUAAUAUCUCAAACUAACUCAGCAAAACACAUAAAUGACCUUCUUGCACAAUAGUGAGACCCCAUUCCUCUCCACAGAGCUGUCAGUAAUGGCAAUAUGCCCCGUUCUACUAGCAUAAAGUAGCCAAUUAAAGCUAAAAUUAUCUGAAAAAUAAACACUUGAAAUAAAUUAGCUUGAAUAAAUCUUAUCAAAUUAGCAGAAACCAUAGUUAAUAAUUUUGUUUUUUAUAUGUGCUUUGAUUUUUAAGUUUGACCAUGUCCCAUCUGUUAACAUGGAGGGAACAUGCUUUGUGAUCUUUACUGCAGCUAGUCACUAACAGAUAUUCUGGCUUCUCUUUGCGGAGGCCCUUUGUCAUCCAUCUAACCAUAUCUGCGAAACAAGCCGCUGACCUCUCUGGAGUCUGUGAUUUGUAUGCCAAACCAUCCUCGCCGACCUUCACCAGGCGACAGUUUUAAGACGUCACUCUGAAACAAGGCAUUAGCAGUGAGCCAAAUCCAGUAUUUCCAUUUAAAAAGUAAUUUGCCAAACAAAUAAGUCAUCCAAACCAAUAUUUGGCUGCAGAUAGGAUUGCGUCUGUAUAGUCAGGGGUCUGCAGAAUACUGAACAGGUAGGGAGAUGGAAUUGGCUGCUGCAGAGGUGACAGUGAUUUAUGCAUGAAUACCAGCACUCACACCCAGGUUAUGUUAGAGUCAUCAAGGUCAGAAAUUCUUCAGGUUGAAGUCGAUCAAUCAGAUGUAUAAUAGUAUGACAGACAUGCCUUGAUACGGAACAUUGCAACUAUGUGAUUUCAUCGUUCAUGGUGAAAAUCUCAUUACAGGAUGCAGUUACGGCAGAUAUUUGUUUGAAAUGUCCCUUUAAAUGAGCCACAAGCGAUAUCUAGAUAAAGUCAGAUGAUUAACCCCCGUUGAGCACAAGGUGAAGCACUCCCAAAUGCGAAUGUAGUGUGCAAUAAAGCAGCACCCACACUUUUCUCACAGGGUUUCCACUCUUGCACAGUUGCUCACACUUGGACGGUGACCUUGGGCUAUAUUGUUAUUCAUCGGUGGACAGAGGCGAGCAGACUGCCUGCUGUCCUCUUAUCUCUGCGGGGUCUGAACCAGCAGUUGGAUGCCGUGGUGUUCCUAUCUGUCCCUCACUGUAAUAAGCAUCUCUGUUUUAAAUCAGCCGGCUGAGAGAUCAGACAGCAGCUUUGAGAGAUUAAGAAAAGGUCCUGUCAGGUAAUUAACACGUUACCGUACUGUUGCAAGCUACAGCACCAAAACUGACAUAAAUAAUGUUUGUUUUACAGCAGAUUUUAGUUUGUAUGAAAAGAUUGUGUUUGACUUUUGAAUCAAGGGUGGGCUUGUUGUGCUGAUUGAGUAUCUGAAGGUGAUUUGGCGCGCAGGUGGGAGGAGACAGUUUUCAUUUCAUGCUGGAUUUUGGGUCUUGGACUUGAGGUCUUAGAGCCACAUCUGUCACGCUCAAAGUCCUCACUUUGCUGCCAGACUGAUGGUUUUAUCAGCAAGACCAGACUAAAGCAGUUGCCAGACUUUUUGUUGUCAUAAUGUAUUUGAUACUUUUACUUUAAUAUUCAUUGAAAUAAAAUUACAGUGGCACAAGAAUGGAACCCUGGGGUACACCAAACCUGUAUUUACUAGAAUUGUCAUAGCACCAGAAUUCUGAAUUUAGAUUCGCGAAUACUUGCGAAGAGCUUAAAGGUCCUUACACACCAGGAAUAACGCAAAUAUGAAAAUACAUAUGUUGUAUCUGAACAGGUUAGCUUACGAGCUAAAGUUACUUAGCACAGAUGAAAGUUAAAACAAAGACAUGUAGCAAACUGUUAAAGCACACAAACCAUCGUCAUAUGAGAAAUCUGACGCUAUGACUCUCCACAAGUUGUCCUUCAGGUCGUUAUUUUUGUAAUAUUUAUGUUUUUUAUCAAAAAGUACUCUGAUCUCUGACACGUAAACAAUCAGCCGGCGAAAUGCUUAUGUUUUUGAAAUGGACUUAAUGGGUGUCAGUCACAGAGUGGUGCAAAAUAAAGGCCAUGUGGAAGUUAAGCAGCAAGCUUUAGGGCUGGAAAACGAUGCAAAAAUGUAAGUGCAAAGAAUUGCACAUUCACAAAAAGUAGUUUUGGUAAAGGUAGUGCUAAGAUGGGAAGACAUACAGUGGAGCCUAUAGCUCCAAAAGGACAGGGCUGAAAUUUUCAACUGUUGCGUUACAGAUGAAAUAUUCAGUCCUAAAGUGACAGUUUGUGGUUUCAUCUGUUGCCUCUCUUCUGGUCUGCUGAGCCAAAAGAAACCUCUCCCUUCUGUGCAUAGAACAAAUGAAGAGCUCAUUCUGUUCCUUAUGCCCGAUUGUUUCUGUUACACAAGAACAGCUUUCAAGGUUGGCACUUUUCGACUCUGUCUGAGAUGGCACACUGUUAAUAGCAUUUUCGAAGACAUCUAGGAAGUUGCUUGCGAGUCACUGGGGGUAGAUUCAGCGGAGUGAGGAAGUAAAUUACAAGCUUGGAGCAAAAAGGUCCUACAUGUCCUUCACACACCAUACUCUGAAAGUUAGAAAGGAGACUUAACAAACCAUCUUUUCCUCAUUUUCCUGCAUUAUCCAUUUCUGCCUCAGUGUGUACAUUUCAGAGAACUGAAUCGCUCAUUUCUCUAGUAGAAAUAGAUUUUUCCUGCAGUCUGGACUUUAAUCUUCAUAGUCUGAAAAGCACCUCUCUUUUAGCUUAAGGGGGUUCAUUAAGAAUGUAAUGGGUAGUUUACACCCUCAUUGUCCUGUCUUGCAUCCUUGUCGAAAGUCUUAAUGGUAAAAUUGGAAUUUGUGGGCCCUGGCGAAAGUUUAUUUCCUCACAUCUCCUUCAGUGUCUCUUGGCGUCUGUCCAUUGUCAUAGAUCCUUUCUUCUUUUUAUCAUCCUGUCAAUUUAAAAUUAGGUAACUCCUUUCUCAAUCACUUUAUCCAAUUUCUUAAGCCCAAAGGUACUGCUCCUCUCACUCACCCAUAAAGGAACCAAUCAUUAGUCACCUUUUCUUUUGGCAAUCCAAUCAGCUCUUCUGUAGCGCUUCCAGCUUCUGAUGCCAAAGCCAUCUUCAGGCUAUAACCUUCCACAGCAACCCCAUUAAGCCUCUUUUUGGUCUCGUAUUUUCUUACAAAUACCUGGACUAACUUUGUUUUGGAUUAAAACUGAAUUAAUUAAAUCUGGGUGUUAAGGGUAAAUAAAGUUGCAGAUCACAGACCGUGUAGAAAACAUUAACCAAGUCCAAGUUAUGAGUCUCAAUGAGGACAUUUCAGCAGUUUAGAAAAGCUGCCUUGUACCAAAUUCAUGCUAAUCUAGAAACAGGCAAAUUGGUAAAGCAGAGAGUACCAAAGGUUGCCACUUGCCAUCAAGAUGCUGAAAUCAGGUUUUCAGCUGUUUUUUCAACAUUUCUAUUUUGGAUGGUUGGUCAGUCUGCAGAUUUUCUUAAAGACUCCAAAAACAGGCAACUGGACUGUGUGGAGCAGUGGUUCUCAAGUCCAGUCCUCGAGGCCCACUGUCCUGCAUGUUUUAAAUGUUUCCCUGCUCCAACACACCUGAUUCAAAUGAUCAGCUCGUUAUCAAGCUCUGUAAGGCCUAAUAACGAGCUAAUCAUUUGAAUCAGGUGUGUUGGAGCAGGGAAACAUCCAAAACAUGCUGGACUGGACUUGAGAACCACUGGUGUAGAGUCUCAACUCUACACAGUCCAGUUGCCUGUUUUUGGAGUCUUCAAGAAAACCAUGACCUGGAUGAAUGAGAAUCUACAUGGCCAUGUCAGUCUGCAGAUGUUUGCUUGUAUCAGCAGGUUUAAGCUACAUUUUCGUACAAAGAAUACCAGUAUCCUGUUUUAUCACUUUUCCAGCAGUCAUUCAUACAAAUCCAUCCUUUGAUAAGGCAAAAAGCCAUGGGGUGGCCAGGAUUCGGUGGGGCCUGAGGCACCCCUGGCUACCACAUCUGGACACACCCCUGCAGACAGAAAGUGUUGGUUACAGCUGAGCUUCUGUUAGCUGUUACAGGUUUUUCCAUCUCCCCCUGGGGCAAACAUAUCGACUCAUCCCAAGACCUACCACAUGGAAAAUAGUAGUCUAACUCAAGAAAAAAACUAAUUUGAUCCCAGACUCAAAAUGUAUGAUUGAUUACUGAAACUGUUUUCAGAAAGCUCUGAGGAAUGCACAACACUAGAUAUCCCAAAAUAGCCUUUAUCUGUAAUAAAUUCUGGCAGGAAAUUGAAUGUGCCAACAGAUGAAAGAAUCUUCAUUCAUUUGUCUCUUUCUCAUUCCGAGAUUGGAUAUAACCAAACCGGUCUGAAAUUACGAGCCAGCAAUAAGGCCCUUUGUAUCCUGCCAUCAAUUGCAUCUGAUGGGAGUGGAUGCAUGUGCUUUUGUGUGGGCCUGAGGGAGGACCGGGGUCAUCAAAGAGACUUUGCAUCAAAGCUGCCUGAUGUAAAUCUGCUUUCAUUAUUGCUUUGCACUGGCAUUGUGAGAGAACUGACACAUAAGCCUGUUAUGCACAGAGUAUACAGGGGACUCCCACUGGGGUAAGUUUACGAAUUUCAUGUUUUUGUGAGUGUAACUCUUGUUUUUAGAGGAACACAUCCAGUUUAAAGGAAUAUUUUGAAUUUGAGAGGAUUUAGGUCGACAUAGCACCCACUUUACGGGAGUGGAUUUUCUUGUAUCAUGUUGAAUUCGAAGCUAUAAGGGUAACAAGAUUGGUAAAUCAGAGGCAUGGCUAACUUGACUGAAAGAAGGACUGAGCGUAGCUAUUUGUGAGGAUGCUGAAGACUCAAUUUUGAUAGGUCGAUAGGUUUGAUAGGUUGUAUCAGCGUGUGAUGGAAUAAAGAGACCAGGGGAGGAAUAGUGUUGCUGUAAUAAAGGAGUUGGCUUGAAUCAUGGUGUUGGGUGUCUUUCAAUGGGACCCAGAAAUCCUGGAGACGCCCGUUGAAGGCAUUCACAUAAAAGAAAUCCAAUACCUGUUGUGAUUGGAACAUUAUGUUUUGUCUGAGAAAUACUCGUGAAAACAUUUUCCCAAAACUCAAGUCUGAUCCAAACUUCAAACUUUUAAUGUGAUCAAGUGUGCAGUCUUGCAUCCCUCCCUGGAGAAAUGUUCACACUCAUAAAUAGUUAUUAGUCCGUCCCCGAGCAUCAGGAUAACUUUUAUGAGUUCCUAAAUCUCGUGGCGUUCGUCUCGAGGAUAUCUGCUUCCAUCUUUCACUUCUGGUGUCGGCUGACGUUAUGUCUCCCUCUCUGCUGUCCCGAUCUGACAGCUGGGUGACGAUAAAUGUGAGAAAAAGCCAGGAUACAAUCUGGCAAUUACUGUCACUUAGGGCUGUUUGUUGACAGCAGGUCAGGUGGAUAAAUAACUCAAGAGCUGUUUUGAUUAGAAUUCAUUUUACUUGAAGCUCUUCCUGGCCUGUAUCGAGUGAUGACAUGCGAUUUAUGAAAGUAAGGAAAAUGUCCUCCUUUCUUUUAUAAGAGCGCUACCUUUCAUUACACGCCCAGAUGAGUUGAGUGGGAUUACAUGGCAUGCUAAACAUACUUUCCACUCUUUUGCAUUCAAUUAAAGCUUAUCAUCGGCUUAUCUGACGUUCACUUGGACUUCGUCCUUGGCCCCCGGUGGCCUGAGCAGCUUCACGCUAAAGCUCAACCAUCUGCGCUCGUGCAUACACAAACAUGCGCGCAAGACUGGGAAUUAUCAGGGUUCGAUGACACUCUCUGUGAAGAGAGGGGUUUGUGUGAGUGUCUGUGCACAAGUUAUGAAGAGGGCUCAGGUGUUUUUGUUGCUGUGAAAAGCUGGAAAAUUAUCACUCUAAAGCAAGUUUUUAUUGUUUAAAGUCAAUCCAAAUAUCUUUUUUUACAGUCCGUGUUGCAAAUUUAUGUCUGUCUGUUUUUGUUAUUAGUUUUUCUUGUGCAAAGGUUAGGUUGGAUAGCAGUGCAAAUAAGAUUAUGAAAGGAGUAAAUACUGAUUUUUAUGUCAAUCAAAUACUCUGUGUUAUAGAAGACUAAUGCAUACAUGCAUCUUGCAGAAAUAUUAAUGUAUAGUCAAUUUCUUUCGAGAAAUUGAGUCUAAACAUGUUUCAACCAUAGACUGUAUAUAGAAUGGACGCCGUCUGCCUCCUCGCUAGAUGAAGCCACUCCGAGAACAGCACCCUCUGGUGACAGGCUGCAGUAUAGGUCAUAAAUCCCACCUCCUCCAGCAAUCCCUAUGGAGCUGUGGACAAACUUUAGAUGUUAAUUACACAGAAUAUACAUUUCUUCCCCCUUGGUUGGGAUGUUGACAUGUAGUAAGACUGGUUUGUGCUCAAGUCCUCUUUUUUCUGUACAGCUCCGUUUUUAAAAGUUAUUAGAGGGUUCAUGUUUUCUAUGAUUGACACUUGACACAGCCUAUGGGCGUACAAUGGGCCUAUGUGGAUACACUGUUUGAGUGGUGGAGUGCGUACAACACUACUCCGUCAUGUUGGUGUCAGGGAGUGGAGAAAAAAUGUGGAAAUACCGAGACCUUUUCGGCUACAAAUCUGUAUACUGGUGGAAGGCAGAACGAAGUUGGUUUCAAUACUCCAAAUAAGGUCUAAAAAAUGGACAGGAAUCUAUCAAGUCAUUUCCUUGGAAGAAUUCUGAAUGAUUAGCAAAACAAACUAAUGAUAUUCAGCGUCCUGUAUUUUGUUCUGCCUCUAUUUUCCUGUAGAAAAUGACAAAUGCAUGCAUCAAUCAUGCAAAUAUCUCAAUUUCAGCUUCAUUUUUCUGCAUGAAGUUGUUUCAAAUCAGUUUGGUUCGACUGCCAAUUAUGAUUUGAAGGAUGUUUACCGAGUAAAUAAAGUUUGCAGCGAUUGUUGUUGCAAAAACUGAACAAACAAACAGGACUAAUUUUGCUCAGAAUUUGUUCCUCAUUACAGAGGAAGCAUUUUCAGACUUGAAUGAUCUGGAGCCAAGUGUUCCUAAUGGGUUAAACUGCAGAGAGCGCAGUUGCACUCUAUAAGACUAAUGAUUCCUGCAUUAUGGUUAAUGUGCAGACAUACCAGCCCACUUAGUAAAAUCAAACAUGUGAAAAAAAAGAAAAACAUGAGGGACGGGGGUCCUGCACCCAUCAGCGCCCCAUUCUGCAGAGUCAGCUCUCCCCUGCCCAUCACCCCUCCCAUCUCUGCCUCUCUCAGUUGCUUUCUCUUUACAACCAAAGCACUUUUACUCUCCUUCUCUAUCCCUCCUCCAUCCCUCUUCUUGAUCCCCUCCUCUUGCAGCAUCUUCUCCCUCUGCCCUGCAAAGGGACUCGCAGCGCUGAUGAACGCACGGCAAAGCAUCCGUCAUCCAUUCGCUUUGUCCUUACCCCUCCUCUCCUUCUCUUCCAUCUCAUCCCAUCUCUCCCAUUCCCCUCUCCCUCCCUUCCUCCUCCCCUCUCUCUCUUCUCCCUUUGCUUGACGCGGCUUGGAUCGCUGCACUUCUCCAUGCGCUGAGAUGAAGAGCGCACACGUUGGGCUUAUGAGGCAGGUGGAGAGCAGAGGAAAGGGCUGACUCGUCCCAGAGAGAGCAGAGAGAGGAGGUGGGUGGGAGGAGUUGACCCUCAGUGCCUCUGUCAUCACUUAAGAACGCAACAUUGUUGAGAGGAAGGGGAUUGGAGUGUCGGACACCCGGGAUGGGACAUUCAACAAGGGUGAUACUUGCUCUCCUUUGAGUUUAUUUCCCCCCUCGACUUCUGUGAUUGAACGGCUUCUGUGGACUCUCAAUAUGGAUCCGGGGUUGAAUCUGGAUUGUCUGGCUUUUGAACGUGUACAGGGAUUUGGAUGUGGAUCAGAAUGCUGAUGUGAAGCACCUGAGCUUUGGGACGUAGCAUGUUUGGUUUCUCCAAGAUGCCAAAACUGCCUGGGUGAGUGUGUGCCUCUUUCUCUUGUGCUCUUCUCUCAGGGCACUCGAGAGCUUGUGUGUGUUUUUCUUUGAGGAAAAAGUCGAGACAAACCCUCUCUCCUUUUCUGAUUUAAAUCGUCUUGACAGCAUACGAGACGUUCUUUGACAUGUAUUAAAGUCACACCUUCCACAGUUUCCUAAUCCCAUUUUCCCCCAAAACUUUAUGACUUAUACAACUUACAAAUUUUAAGUUUAUCUGAAGCUGGAGAUGAAUCUUAUAAAUGUGACUCUUGGUGCCAAAAGUGGCGUGAACAGAUGGUCUCAUGUUGCGUAAUUGCUUCAUUCUUUGUUCUUGUGAUCAGGUGGACUCAUGAUUGUGAUUUUUCUUGUUGGAUGUGCCUUUGAAAGAAAUCCCUAAGUUGGGCUCAAUAGGAUACAAGUCAUGCUGAAGGUAUUCUAAGUGACAGCAACAACAACAAAAGUGGCGAAUGAAAUAAUCAGAAAGUCCAAGAAAGUACUGGAUAGUGUGAAACCUGAAAGGUGAAAACAGAACAAGCUAAUUUUGGGUCACUGAAAAAGUGGGUUUUGGAGGACAACUUCUAAGAUUGUGGUUUUUGAAAUUCAGUUUUGUCAUUUACCGCAACAAAACAAAAGUUUUGGGAAACAAUAAAAUACAUGCACAAGCGCCAAGAUGACAGACUAUUGGUUGGUUUCUGACUCUUCAGCUCUGUUAGUUUUAUAGGAAACUUUGCUGUUCUUCAUCAUGACACCACAGUACACAUGCAAAUCCUCACAUCACGGUGAACAGUCUUUAAUUUGCCACUUUGUUCACAGUUUACAUUUCCCACUCUGGUGACUGUCGUGACAGACUGAUUACACAUUAUUGCCAUUUACUGGCCAUGCAUACUUACAUGAGCUUUUUCGAUCAUUUACUCAUGGUUGUGUGGAUAGAGCAUUAGCUAUCAGAUAGAUAUAGCCUAAGUUUGCUGAGGAGCCCAAGUUGCAAAGCCUCGGUCACUCCGUGAGACUUUGCCCCUGGAGGGUUUUACCAAAGUACGUUUUUCGAUGCUAGAAUUAAGAUCUAUUCUGAAACUUGCAGAUAAGGACCAGUAUGGUAUGAUCACUUCUCCUGCUUUGUGUAAAAAAGUUCAGAAUAAACCUGUGUCUUUGGAUGCUAAGCCUGCUUGAUACUGAAAUUAAGCACAUCACAGCAGCCAAUCUGGAAAAAAAAUAAAUGCAUGUCCCUGAUUUUAGUUUGCUUUUUCAACUGGGUAAAAAAAGAGCUGCAUAACUCCAAUCAAUUGGGUGUCAAAGGAAAGCUCCGGGUCAAAAAUAACCCCUAGUUGCAGGCCUUUUUAUGAACAUUAUUAGACAACACCCAGGCUGGAGAAGAGAUUAUUAAUGUAGCUAGAACUGAGGGCACAGGGGGGUAAUGACGACAAGUUUCGAUUUGGAGUCAUUCAGCUGUAGAAAAUUAUCACGCAUCCAAUUUUUGAUUCCAGUCUGUCAGGACAUAAUGUGAAAAACAUCAGUGGUGCCAGGAUUUAAUGGGACAUAGAGUCCAGUGUUGUGUGAUGUGUAGCAGUGAAGGUCUCUAAUUUGCCUCAAAGGGAAGCAUGUUCACAGUGAACAAGAGGGGACCCAACAUAGACCCCUGAGGAACCCCAUGAAAGAGGAGAACAGAGGAAGAGGUGAACAUUUCAGAAAAAGACCUGUUUGAGUGAUGAGAAAUAGGUCAAAAAUUGUCACUUAGAAGGUUUGUGAGUUAAAACAGAGCAAAACAUUUUUAGCGCUUAUUGUAUAGUGUAAAAAUUUUACUGAAAAGUUCAACAAAGUCUUGACUCUUCAUCGUAAAAAUGUGCAAGCACUGAUGCAUCAUUUUUCUACAGUUUUACACUCUCUAAGCUAAAUCCAACUGUCCUCAGGCCCGAGUGUAAAGAAACACUGAGAAGUCUUAAGACAGAAAAAGCUCCGUAAGUCGAAGCUGCAGAGAUAAUGAAGGGCACAGAUCACAUGAUCCCCGCUCAGUGUGAUUUCAUGUGCUCACACAUACACACCACAUGAUACGAUAUAUAGACACAUGUGUAAGUUAAUACAUGCUUGCAUGAUCCUUGACUCGUGUGCUGCUAAGCUUGCUAAACAGGCUCAUGGUAAAUCUUUUAAACCUACACAUAUACAGUCAAGGGUUAGCAUCUGGAGUGCAUCUACAAGUAUGACGAGAGAGAGCGAAGAAAAGAAAGUAGUUUGAGUCACCAGAGUGAGUCAGACUGAAGACGUAAACGAUGAUCUCUUCAAUUCGUAAUGAUAUUUGGACAUUGGACUUUUAACUGAGUCUAUGAGUUUAAUGGAAAUAACCAUAGACUGUAUAUACUAUGGACAACUUGAUUCCGCCUUCCGCCAGUAUACAGAUUUGAAGCCAAAAAGGUCUUGGUAAUUCUGCGUUUUCUCUCCAUUUCGCUAAGAGUCGUGAUGACGCUCGACUCAAACAGCGUAUCCCCCCGGUGAGCUACGCAAUCUUCGUACGUCCAUAGACUGUAUCAAGUGCCAAUCAUAGAAAACAUGAACCCCCUAAUAACUUUUAAAAAUGGAGCUUCACAGAAAAAAGAGGACUUGAGCACAAACCAGUCUUACAGUAACUACAUGUCAACAUCGCAACCAAGGGGGAAAAAAAAAUAUAUUCUGAGUGAUAAACUUCUAAAGUUUGUCCACAGCUCCAUAGGGAUUGCUGGAGGAGGUAGGAUUUAUGACCUAUACUGCAGCCCGUCAACAGAGGGUGCUGUUCUCGGAGUGGCUUCAGCCAGCGAGGAGGCAGACGGCGUCCAUUCUAUAUACAGUCUAUGGAAAUAACACGACACAACCUGUUCCUUUAAGAUGGCGCCAAUACCAAUAGAGUCCAACAGCAUGUUACUGUAAUCAUGACACGAUAUGGCAUGAUGCAUUUUGCUUUGUUACAAUACUUUAUCAUGAGAUGUCCAUGUAAGCUUAUUUUUAACAGGUAGAAACCUUGAACAAGACCAGACUUACAUUUUCCUAUCAUCUAUCUAAACAAGCACUGUGUUGGUAUUGGAAAGAGGGUAGAGGGAGAUGCAGAAAGAGAGAGGGAGAGAUAAAGAUAAAUAAACAACAGCUCAUACAGAGUUAUGGUUUCAGUGCUAAUAAUAAUAAAGUAUGUGCACUGUUUAGGAGAAGUUAAAAUAAAUGACAAAAGACUGAUCUUAAUUCUAUAAUACUAGCAUUUGUAUUCAUGAAGCUGAAGUCAGUACAAGGAUUAGAAACAAAAACAUCAAUUAAGCAGUUGAGGUCAAGCUGCUGUGAAAAUUAACAUCAGCAUUGAAGCAGUGAUAAUACUGAUGAAGUAAAUGCUGCACACACUCGCUGACCUCCACGGUAGCAUUAGUAAAUAAUCAUGAUAAAUCAACAACAUGCACAUUAAUAAGGAGGAAUGAUGAAAUAGAUGCAAUACUUUGUGCUGUUGGUGGCCGAUGGGAUCUUUUGGAAAGGAAACUAUCUGGAAAAGUUUUAAAAUAAAGCAUUUUGAAUAUUUUCCGGUCUAUUUGCUUACCGCCUUGAAUAGAUUUCUUUAAUUUCCCUCUGAGUGCUUCCCCUCUCUUUGUUUACCAAGAGUUUAGCUCCUCUGGGAGCCAUUCGCAGCUCACCUUAUGCUUUACCGCCCUGUCAGGGAGUCGUAACAUGAAGCUGCACGCACUUUUUCACAUUUGGCCUAAUACGUUGUUGACAGACUGUAAAUGAGUGAAAAUUAAUAAUGGCGCAACACUAACAAGCACCGAGAGAGUGUUUGCAUCAUUGGCACGUUAGCAGCGCUCUUCCUUGAACACAGAUGGCGGUUGUGAAUCCAUGAGCCGACAUAGUACAUUUCCGGAGCCUUCUGUUUGCAGAUGGUGUACAAGCCAAAUUUGGUUCGUAAACUUUAAUGAGAAGUUGUGCAUCAUUUGUCACUUUUUAAUGCCUGUAGUAAAUCAUUCAUUGGAAGGCGGGAUGUAAAACAGCUGCAGCAGGUGAGAAAGAUGUGCGACCAUCCUCUUUGUUGUUUUACUCGAACUCCGGACGAAGAAGAGGUUGGUCAUGACACAUCUGUUUUUAUUUUAGGAACUCCAACCCAAUCUUUCUUAUCCUUUCUACUCGAUGCUUUAUGGAGACGAAGACCUGGAGAGUCCAGGACCUGUAUCAGCAUUUGUACUGUGGGAAAAAUCUUGGCUGGAGUGCGUCGGCAUUUGGCAGCGGAACUAGCCAGCAGGGCUUGUUUGUGUUCUGAAUAUCAGAUUACAAUGCCGCGUGCCAAAUUGCCUUCCGCUUUAUGCCAACGCAUGCUGCUCCUUCAGAGGGCAAAGAUCCAUUGUACCGAGAGCCAUCUGACAAGUCAUGACGUCCUCGAGAAUAUUCAGAAUGAUGUUCGAUCUGAGUGAGUUACAGCACUCAGCCCUUGAAUUUUUCAUCGUAUAAAAACCUCUGACAUGGAAAAAGGAUCGUCUAAAACUUGUGUCGUACCUGUUUGAGGAAAACCUUUCUAAAUGAGCGUUAUUAGAGAAAGGAAAGAGCGCAUUACUAUGAGCCACAUCACCCUCGAAGGAUGCCAUGAAUUUCUAUGACUACAAAAAUAAGUCUAAGUCAAAACUUAACUUUAAAUGCAUGCAAAAUCGAUCAUUUCCAACCUGAUAUGAUUUGAAUGUUUGGCCUCUUUUCAAGGCUUUCUUUCAAAACAUUUCAAAAAACCACGACAGCUCUUGUGAGAGGUUUUCACCCAGCUUUAAACAGUAAAAUUAACAUGUAUGGCUCUUUAUGAUCGACGAAAGCCAACAAUAACAUUAGUGACUCGAUUAACUUUUUCUAUAUCGUCAUUUUUCAUGUUAGAAAUAGUGAUAGGUGUGAAGAUUUGAUUCAUUCUGAGCUGAUAUCAAUCUGUUUGUUGAGUGGUGAUAUAGUAUUCUGCAUGAAACUACUUCCUGGUCUAAGUUGUAAACACGUGUGUAACUAAGAACAGCUGUGUCUCAUCAGUAGUCCUUUAACUGCUGCCUGCAUAUGCAUGCGGUUAUGUCUUUUUCAUGUUGAAGUCUUCAUCCAGCCACGUCACUGUCAAACUAAGCAUCUAUUCACUGAACUGAUUAGAAAGACAUUGUUUUGGUACGAACACGCCAAUUGGGAAAAGACCCAGUAGUAAUGCAUUAAAAAGGGGUCAUAUUGGCACCUAUAAAAGCAAUGGCAGACAUGCUUAUAUUCAUCAUAAUACCUUUGCGUUUAAAGAACAUAGGUAAGAUUUGCACCUUUGUCCACAGGGGGCGCCAAAUCGAGCAAAAAUAUAAGUUUCUCACAGCAGCUUUCAUUUCUGUAUGAUCUGACAUGAUGGUAAAUAUGCUGGUUGCAGUCGAGUCACAUCUAGGCAGGUUGAGCACUUUGAGUUUUUGACCCUUUAAAAUUGUAGUUAGAGUUUGAAAAGGGGAGUGAUACUGAUAGAGUUGUGAUCCAACUUAACGGAGACGUCCUGGUGAAAGUUUUAUGUGCUUCACAACCUUCACCCUCACCUCCACAGACAUAAUUCUCACCAUGUCACAUUCAGAGACUUCUACCUCGUCCAGCAGCCCUGAGUGUCGGCAUUGGGGGUAAAUCAUGAUUUCGGGGAGCUGUCCAGUAUAGACAUUAAUUCUCAGACUACUUAGGCUGUUUCUUUCUAGAUUUUUCCACCUCGCACCUUUAAGGUCCUUUCACACCAGGAGCGUUUUUUUCGUGCGAUUAUUUCUGACGUCAGUAUUUUUUUUCGAACCAUUAUUCUGUCAAUACAAGCAUUCACAUCAGCGAUGUUUUACCAUCCUGCGAUACACUUCUGACUAAUCAGAUUUGCGUGUUGUUGCGACGUCAGAUUUAUUGGUAUAUCCAACAUGGCCGACCGGCUGAUUGUUUACGUGUCGGAGAACAGAGUGCUUUUUGAUAAAAGACACAAAUAUUACAAAGAUAACGACCUGAAGGACAACUUGUGAAAAGUUACAGCGUCGGAUUUCUCAUAUGACGAUGGUUUGUGUGCUUUAACAGUUUGCUAAACGUCUUUGUUUGAACUUUCAUCUGUGCUAAGUAACUUUAGCUCGUAAGCUAACCUGUUCAGAUGUAACAUAACAUAUGUAUUUUCACUGCCUCAAACUCAAUCGCGUUGCUGUCACAGCACCAUUAUGUCUCGGUUGUUAACUUAUAUUUAUGGAUUAUAGUUUAAUGUGCUUAUCUGGUACUGGCCCCGACUCAGUACAUGCUAUCAUGACAGACAGACAUCUCAACACUAGAGUCUAAUCAGAACUGAAAAAAUGUCAGUCUGCUGUUGUGUCAGUCUUCUCGUUUCCACCCGGGACGCGUCUUUUUUUCCCCUAGGAAAGUCGCAAAAUCGCAUCGCGCUUGAUGUGUAUAGUCAGUCGCGGAAUAUUUCGUAUUUUCGCAUUGUAUAUCUGCGUCGUUCCCGGUGUGUAAGGACCUCUAGAAUGACUACUCGUCGAGAACAUUUAAGCUUUACUAUUUAUUUAUCACUUUUGUUUUAACAACUCUCUGAAAGUGGUAUUAGCGAAAAUACUCGUUCAUUAUUAUUAUUAAUAUUAUUUUUAUUAUUAUUAUUAUUAUUAUGUUUUUAUUUAACCUUAAACUGGUAACCAUUCCAUUCCAAGAGUCCACAAAUAUGGUGGCCUUUGAGGACAAGAUGCCUCUUUGAUGAUGCAUGAUAGUAAAAAUCCUCAAAUCAUCAAGGUUUUCCUUUAAAAAAAAAUGACUAGCAGUACAACAACAACAACAACACGAAUGCUCUUGGUUCUCUAGCUAGUCUACCACAAAUACAAAAAUGCCGUAUGUUCAUGCAACCUUCAUGAAAAGGAGCAUACUCCCAUGUAAAUAUAAAAACCUCAUUCUAAGUUCACCCUAAAAACUUCGGUAUGCUGUCAGCAGCAACAACUUUCAUACCCGAAGUUUAGUGUCCCUUCAUUUUAUUGAAUAUUGUUAAUCGUAACAAGGACAAGGUCUCAACCCAUUUUAAAAUAUUUCAUACAUCACUCAUAAUCCAGUUGGAGUGUAUUCUUGUGUAUGUAAUUGCGCUGACCCCGGCCCCUGUCUGUACUUUGGGAUUUUCAUGUCGUGUUUUGGUCAUUUCUGUGUCACAGUCAUCGCACACAGGUGCAGACUCUCAGGGCCACAGAAGGGAACGAAAAGAAAGUGGAGCAAUCAGAUGAUAUUGCUGUGUUUACUUGCUUUGGACCAUCUGCAACAGGGAUAAACGUGGCUUGUGCAUCUUAAUGAAGAGCCAAAUGGACUUCAAAAUCGCUGGUAUUUGCAAGGUCCACCUGUUUUGCUGCUGCACAUCUUGGGUUAUAAGAACAGCUGCAUACGAACAUAAUUCAACUCUGACUUGAAUGUUUGUGCUGAGCUAAGUACAUGUUGAGAGCCCGAGAGUCCUUGCUGCUACUCUCCCUUCCCUUACUUCUCACGUAUGUGCAUGAACAGAGCUAAACGUAAUUUACUGCAGUCGUAUUUUUCCCUGAAAUGUCGUCAUUCGUGUCCUUUACUGCACUCGGUUUCUCCUCCACUGCUCUUUUCUCUUCCUUCCUUUAGCUUCGACUAAACGGUGCAGAGGUCAGUGUUGUUAUUGGCGUUUAAAGGGGAAUAAAGGACGUUUGCGAUCCAUUCUCAGUGUGUGUACGAGGGUUGUAAAGAUGAUUUACUGUCAUGAAAACGAACAGGCUGAUUCUAAGUUGUAUUGAUAGUACAGUAACGCUUUCCUUGAACAGGACAACUGGAUUAUACAACAACAACAAAAAAAAAAAAACAUGAAAACAACCAGAUACUUGAUAUUUUUCACAAAUUUGCGUGUCUUUGGCGUGGGUGGAUGUCACCGCACAGAGCACAUAUGUCAGAACACACAAAUCACAGGCUGGAGAAGAGGGAAAAAUAACAUCAGGCCACACUGCUCCCACCCCCCACUCCACUCCCCUCUGUCUCACUCUCUGCCUGUAACCCUUAAAGUUGCACGAUUUUCUUGAUUUGAGUCUGGAUAAUCCUCCUAAGGGAUUUGGUCGGUGAUCACUGCAGGAGGGGGGCUGGCAGGGCGGACUCGCUGUUGGCUGUUUCAUUCAGUAUAUAAAAAUCACAUCACACGUUUCACUCGCUCUCCCUCGAUCUCUCACCUCUUUAUCUAUCUGCGUCGUAUUGCCGCACAUCCAUCCUCUUAUCGGUGAAUCUGAACCUGCCUGUGAUUUAAAGCCUGCUGCAUAAAUAUGAUUCAUCUUUGAAGUAGAUAAAUUGAUACUGAAAGACACUUCACAGCAUGUUUUAAAAAUGCAUUCAUAAACUUCUUUCUUUCGAAGUUUUGAGCAGAAUUUGCAACUUUCCGUGCCGCAGCUCAGAAGAAUUGCACAUUUCUUACCCCUCAGUAUUUAUUCGAUGAAAAAUACCAGCUCAGAGUUUGAAUACUUUAAUCAGUCAUUCAUUCUCUUCUGCAGAGAUUCAUUUCCUGGUUGAGCCCUUAUAUUCUGUUACGUUAUCAUUCCCACAUUUAACUUCCCUUAUUCCAGUCAUCUCUCUCGCAGAUAACACUGAAAGACUAGAGCAAUGCACACCAAGCUUCCGCUCUCCCCUCUUCUACAAGACACCGAAUUCGAUCAAUUAUGCAAAUGAAGCAAAAUCCAUUUUGUUUCUUUCUUUGUUCGGAUCCCAACUUCCUUCCCUCAUCUGGGAAACAAAUAACCUUCAGAACAAGCAUCAUCUUCCAAUUAAGCUCCCAUUCCAAAAACAGCAAGCGCGCUCAAAUCCAAAUACAAUACAGCAGCUGAUUAAUGAUGCAAAAAGCGGCGCUCUUAUUGAAUUUUUUUCUUUCUUCUUUUUUUUGUCCCGCAGGAGUUUGCCACAUGUUCUGUAAAUGCUAAGAGAAUUCGACGUACAGCAUGUGUCCCCCCCCCCUUGUUAGCACUUUCAUGUAUCAUGAAUUCUGCAUGAAACCACAGUUAGGAAGCAACACCGCUCGGUGCAUUAUUUAAUGGUGCAUGGGCGUUUGCAGCAUAAAUGGAUAACUGUCUUGUUGUAGCCAAUUUGUAGCCUUGAGAGUGCUGAAGGAACCUUUUCUUGUUUCUGAUGCCCCUCAUGCAAAGGCGUUUGAGCUUACAUGUAACCCGUAAUCACUCAAGUAACUGAUCUUCCUCAAGUUUUAACUCAAGUUAAAAGCACUUUGAGGUACCCGUGAGAAUUUAGACGUCCUCCAUGGACAAUGGAGUGUUAGCAAAGCAAAAUCGGAGGCGGAAACAAGAUGGCUUCAUCUACGAAAGUUAUUUAAGCGCUUGCCUUGUCCAAAUAAAAUAACUUUCGUAUAUGUAGCCAUCUUAUUUCAGGCCCCUUGAUUUAGCUUUUUUCCGACUUGGUAAAUGAAACGCUGGGAACGAGGGUGCAACGUCAUUUUCAGCUCCGACAUCUGACUUCCGAGGUAACUCGAAAGCAGCAUUAUUUUUUUGCAGCAGCACUCCUCGCCCUGCGGCCUCAUCUGUAUGCAUAAAAAAGAGAAGGUGCGUGCUCUCCCUGCCUGAAGGCUAAAACAUACAGGAUCCGAGCGCAUUCCGUUAGCGACGCGUAUCACGCAGCAAAUAGGUUGCCAUUCUAAUCAAUGCAGCAUCUCAUACAGGACGCAUAUCAGCUCCGAGUCUAUUUUUGCUGCUCUACGCUUCCAAUACGCGUCCAUCUACACAGAUAACAUCGUUGUAGACAGGAUGUCGAGCAUGAAAAUGUGCUUGUCAUCCGAUAUUUCAAAAUAAAACACCAUAUGUGGACUUCCGGUUGUUUAUCAGUUUGUGUAGAUAAGAAAUAAUUCUUGGUUGUAGAUUAAUCCAGUGGUUCUCACGUCCAGUGCUUGAGGCCCACUGUCCUGCAUGUUUUGGAUGUUUCCCUGCUCCAACACCUGAUUCAAAUCAUCAGCUCGUUAUCAAGCUCUGUAAUGGCUUAGUAACGAGCUGAUCAUUCGAAUCAGGUGUGUCAAUAUGUGGACCCCAACAGGACUUUUAACUGCUAACUCUGUCUGAAGGUAACAGCGCAGCAUAAAGGAACAUAGUUUACUUUAUUAAACACAAGUAAACCUGCAAAAACCGAAACUGUAAAAUCACAUUGCUUUUUCACAUAUAGUAGAGGCUCAAAAGUCACUGAAUUAGAUCUAAAUUAGCAGAAAACAGACCACAGACAGGAAAAACAACCUGUUGUGAGCAUGUUGUUUCUUCUAUACUGAGCCCAGCUGAUCGAGGCUAUGCUACGCUGCUGCUACGCUCCAAAUACGCAUCCUGUAUGCGAUAGACAGCGCUGCUUGACGGAGCAGAUAUGCGACGCUGACGGAACGCGCUCAAUACGGAUCCUGUAUGUUUUCGGCUUUAGAAUUUGUCCUUCCUGGUAUGCACAUUGAGGGGAAGAGAGCUCUCAUAGUGGAGCCAUAAUGCCUUUGUCACUAAUAGCUACUCUGCUUUUUUUAUCCUGAGGGUCUUUGCUGCUGCUCUCCCCGCCUUGGCUAUCCAUAUACAAGUGCCUACAUGUUUGUAUAUUUGCAUAAGGAAGAGCAUGGAGCUUGUUUACCUUUGUAGGUCAUAAACGUGUGUGGCUAACACUAGCAGAUCUAGCACCACCAACCUCCAGUUCUCUUUGCAGGUUAGCAGCCACCCAACUAUGCAUGCAAAAGUCCAACAGGCCCAAAUCACCCAUGUCUCCUUGCAGUUUUAUAAUGUUUGGAACAUACAAAAAUCUGCAAUACUCAACAAAUAAAUCACCUCCAAUCCUGUGUACCCUUUUAAAUCAUCCCACUGCUUCAGUCCCCACAGAUUUGACCACACACAUACUGCAGAAUGACCGCACUCACUGCACAACCACACUCCUACUGUACAUCCUCUCCUGCAAGUGCAUACUCAAUAAUAGAUGACUUCAGUCGAGUUUUUACUACAUACAGUGGGCUUUUCUGUGCUUGUAGAACAGAAGGAAAGUUAAAAAUAUCUUCUUCAUCUUACAUUUUCCAUUCCCUCUCAAAGACACACUGGUGCUCAGGGUGUUCUUUGCAGCAGGGACGGUGCAUGACGGCUCUGCGGAGCAGAUAAAUCAAAGGUGACAGAAAAGAUGUGAGUAACAAAUUCUUUUAAUUAAUCUUUAAUGGAUACGGUUUCGAGCGGUCAUAUUUUAUUUCUUUGCGUAGUAUUGUUUUGCAAGAGCAGUUGUGAUUUCCAUGCGAGCAUACAGGCUUAAAAGCGAGAGCCAGUUUUGUAUUUCAGCCAAAAUAAAGUGAGGAAAAUAAAAUGUAAAACGAAAAAGACGGAGGUUGAGUUUUAAAAGUAAACGGUGAAAAAAGAAAAGUGCAAAGAUGACUUAACAGAUCAGGCGUAUGAUCUGGAUGAGCUCACUCUGAAUCUAUCUCCUGUUGUUUGUUUUCCGAUACAUGUGUUUGCUAAAGAGCCUAGCGGAGUGAUUAGUUCUGCUCCAGAUACUGUCACAUAAUACUUAAGUGCCACUGUGUGCUUCUGAGAGCGACCCUCACCUAAUGUACUGUAAAUGUACAGAAGCGUCCGAUGCCUACACUGCGCUGUAGAGCAGCCUGGCUUAUAAACAGUUGGUGCUCAAAUGAGGUCAAGAGUCUUCCAGUGAUUGAACAUCUCUACCACUCCUCUUGAUUAGGUUAUAGCGAAUGAACUAAUGCAAUUUAUGGUGAAUUUAUAAGGAACAUGUGUGCACUUGUGCAACCUUAGCAGGGUAAAGCCGAGGUGGAGCUAUAACUGAGCUGCAUUUGCAUUUUUUAUUCGGAAGAGUAACAUUUGAGGACAAGAUGGACUCGAGGGGCUGAAUAAGGAUCGUGCAAAAAUGGCGAUUUCAAAGUCAGAGGACACAAUCGCCAUAUUGGAAGCAUUUAAACUCUUGGUGAACCUACAAACACCUGCAAUGCACCUACCUAUAUUUAUGUACAGUAUAUGUGAGUAUGAGGGUUGAUUCUUGUCUUCACACACCAAGUGCAAGUAAAAUCAUUUGCGCGAAUGAGUCAAUGGAAAGACGUGAUUAGAUGUUCCUACUACUCUGGCGGCGCGAAUGACGCGAAUUGGGCGGAAGCUGAAUAUGUCUCAACUUGAGCGGAUAUUUGCGUCAUGAUAACUAAUCACGACGUAUCAAAACGGACGGUUGUUCACUGGUAUCUAAAAUGGAGGACAAACUGAUCGUGUUGGUGUGUGGGUGCCCCGAAUUAUAUGAUACCUUUUCUUUCAAUUAGCGAAACCGGAAUAAAAAGGAGCUCGCCUGUGAGAAAGGAGGUUGGAUUACCUGGUAAAUUGUAAAAAACCUUGUCUAUCACUUGAUCUCGCUAGUGGAAUUGACAGGGUCUAGAUUUGCCGAAUUAAGCGAGUAGAUGAUUUUACUUGCGCUUGGUGUGAGCGCCCCAUUACUGUACAAAUUUAUUGAAGAUUCUGGGAUUUCAGACCUAAAAAGUCAAAUCUUGAGACCUCGAGAUCAGUGAUCCAUGCAGAUGUUGGAUGCUUUUCAGCUUCACCUCAACUUGCAGGUUUUAGAAAGAAGGCGAUUUGCCCAUGGAUCUCAUAUCGCUAGAUGCCUCAGAACCAAUAUAAGACAACAGCAGAGCAUAUGUCAAGACUGCCGCCAUCUUGAAGCGGUACCAGCAACUGCUGGCAAGCAUGGAGUUGAAUGUAAACAAAUGCAGUUAUCAGGUAAACCUCAGGCUUCCAAAACAACUGACCGCAAAAACCAUUGACAAGCACCGCUCCAAAAUGGCGGCAGUCUUGACACAUCCUGGGCAAAUUCAAAAUCAAAUUAAACUUUAUUUUUAUGGCACUUUUCUGACAAAAGAUGCAGUUCAAAGUGCCUCACAGAGGCUAAAAACAACAAUUAACAGCAAUACAACCCAAACCUCCCACCCACACAUAAACACACACAGGCGCACACAGUGUGAGAAUUUAAGAUAUAUCGUUAAAGAGACAUGGCCUGACACAGAGACAUUACAUAAGGAAAGAGCUACCUCUGGGAAACACUGGAGAUAAAAAGAUAAAAAAUGAAAUGGUGAAAAGAAAGACUAAAACCUGAUGGACUAAAACAAGAGAAUAAUAUUAAAUUAAUAGAUAAUCAAGAGCUCUUUACCAUGUAAAAGAGGUAAAAGAAGUAAAAACCUCUAAGAUGGGAGUUAAUUAGUAGAAUGACAUAAAAUAAACAUUAAGAACUUCCAUUAAAAUGAAAAUUUCCAAUAAGAGAAAUAUAAAAAGGCAAUUAGUGAAAAGCCUCUUCUUAAAAGCAUCAACAGUCUCUGCGGCCCUGAGGCUCUCCGGCAGGCUGUUCCACAACCGGGGACCAUAGAAACUGAAAGCCGCCUGUGCAGGAUCUAGUGAUGAUGAUAUCUAUGGGUUUGUCAUAUGAAAUCAGAUGUCCCGCAAACAUACUCCAAAGUAAUGUAACAAAAGCCCUUUUCUUAUAUGAUAUGGAUUCAGAAUUGUAAUAUCAGUUUUCAUUUGAGAUCGUAAAGAAGACCAAUUUAUGAACCAAAGGCUGGAAGUGGCGCACAGCUUCGUGGUUUCCAGCUGUCAAGACCCAGUUGGAAGGGAGCUAAGCCACAUCAACAAUGCUCAACAAUGAUGCUGUUUCACCCCCCCCCAAUCAAACAAAGACGUAACUUAUUCAGAGGUGAUUCAACAGGCUCCAGAUGGCUGAACACUGACGUAACAGGGAAUUCUGAUUGGGGAAAACCUCCAUAGUUGUUCAUAAAAAUGCCCCUCAGUCCUCAUGUUAAGCGCACACACCGCCUAUUGUAUAAGUGUUGUGAUUGACUGAAAUCAGGCCAGAUUAAAAUGUGUCAGAACAGGAGGGAGCCAAAUGUAACAGAGCCUGAGCAAAUGAAACAUGAGCCUGCAGAUUUGUCUGGCUCUCAGGCUGGCAACAAAUUCGAGAUCACUACCUUCAAUAUGCGUCACUGUAUGAACACCUGGGUGGUCCUUUUAGAUUAGACAGAUUAUGCUAAAUUUUACAGAGGCUAGUUCCCUCCUUGUUUGUUCGGCUAGGCUGACCCCACUCUGACUCAAGCUCUCUACUUUGCAUAUCCCUGAUAUCGACCUUAUUAUAGAACAAAGUUCUGAUGUAUAAUUUCUUCAAGUGCUUUUAAAACUUUCCUCAAAGUUGCAACGUGUUAUCAUUGCAUAUUCAACCCAGCUGGACUUUUCAUAUACUGAGAUUUUUCCAUUCAGACACUGUGAUUUAAGAAACAAGAUGUGAGUGUAUUUCUUAUUCAACCCAGCGAUCAUCCUCCUCCUGUGUAAUCUUAUUUAAAGAGCGUUAAGCAGCACUUGUUCUGCCGCGGUAUUUUUAGCCCGCAGAAUUAUUCCUCAGUGUUGCAGAUGUUCACAUCAGCCCGUGUGAGUGUGUGUUUUGAUUCGAGCUGAAUGCCGGCUGUGAUAAAAAGCAGUCACUCGAGUGUAUUUAGUGUAUACUCACACGCUGCGCUUCUCUUUUUUUAACACACCGCAAGCAGAUCUGCUCUUUAACCUUUCCGAUUGACCUGAACCACAUCCACGGAGGGGGAGUCAAUGCUCAGUCGUCAUAGCAUCACGCAAGUAAAGUCAACCAACCAGAAACUAACUGGUAGUGAAACUUCCCAUAGGCAUGACCUCGAUUAAAGCUACUGCUCCAUAGCCAAAAUAUAGACAGGAAUUAAGGGAAAGGAAAGAGAUGUUGUAAGCUCAAAGUCAGGGAAAACAAGGUGAUCUGUUGGAAUUGGAUCCACUGGUUUGACUCAUUAAUUGUUCCAAAACCUCUAUGUAUGGUUCAGCUUUCACAGAUUUGUGCACUAGCCAUGUAGCAGGUUUUUCAUGCAUCCCAGUACCAUCAGGGAUGCUUUUGAAUGACAACGUGGCGUCCAUGAUUUCCAAGACGAAUGUCCAAUUUUAAAUUCUCGGACUGCAGGACAGUUGUUAUUUUGAGCCUUUUCACAAUAAAUUCCACAAUAACAGAGUCACAUCCGUUUUUGACGAAGUGUAAAAAAUGUGAAAUUGUCGAACAGUUUGCUCACGCAGUCUAUUACAAAGUGUUGAACCUCUCCUCAGUCAUGUGGCUAGUAUGAAAAUGAAUGGAAAUAAAUUUGGUUAAUUUCCAGGUAUUAAAAAGUAUGGAAAAUAAAAAAUAAUGUAUUGAGAAAUUUUAUUGGCUAAUUGGCUAAUUGCUUUGGGGUACCACUCUUAAUUUGAUCUGGCGUACAUAUUCUCAUUCAUGUAUGCAAAUUUGUUACUAAAGGGUAUACAUAAUACAUUUAUGUAUACAAACCAUGUGCAAUUUUAGACACACAUAUGCAAGUACAGUCGUAUGCUAUGGGCAUUGUGCAAUUUCGCACAUGACUCUCUAAUCAGCACUUUACAAUACUCUUUUAAUCUUUUUGGUCCCCUUACUAUUGAUCACCUAGUUUUUUUGGUCUGUGUAUGUGUUUAUGUAUAUUAUGUGCAUGUUGUUAGUGCUUUGUUUUACUAUCUUAGUCAUGUUGUUUGUACUUUUAACACUAUUGCUUUUAUGUUUAACAUCAACCUGCCAAUGGAAAUUAGCCAUUUGGCGAUAAUCCCACAUAUUUACAUGUAAAUGUUCAUCAAUAUGUACGGUUCCCAUUUUUAAAAAUAAAUAAAUAGAAAUAGAAAUAUUUACGUUUUCAGACUAUUAACCCUGUUCUGAAAUAUUAUUUUCUAAAAAUUAGCUAUUUCCAAAAGUAAUUUCACCAAUCUGGAUCGUGUUUUAUGCUGAGCCUAGCACAGUUUGUGUCAGAGGAAACAUUUCAAAAAUAUUCCGCCUCUUUUACCUGAUUAAUAAGUAGUAUGCCUAGUCUGUUGCCCCAUGACCCUCCUCCACCCCUGUGUGAGUCUGUGUGUGCAAAAAACUAUAUAUAGAUAUAUUAGAGAAAAGUAAUAGCACACCGUUCCGAUCAAACCGCACAAUGUGCAAUUUUUCCUACAACUCUUUAAGCUGUAGAGAUAGUAUGGCAUCGAAAUUUUUUCGGAAGAGGAAUAAGAAAAAAAUCACGGUAUAACAAAAGUGCCUUGGGGCUUUUUCCCCAUGGUCCUAACUAAACAUGAUGUGAAAUAUGAUACACUGGUAUAUUUACUCAGAUGUGGCAUAUUCUCUAAAAAAAAAGCACAGAUAAGUCUGAAAAAUUAGGGUAUGAAAAAGUAUGGAAUUUUGAUUUUCCAAAUGUGUAGGAACCCUGAAUAUGUUGCGUGCGUUCAGUUUAAAAAGAGCUCAUGUAUUUGCAAAAUUAAAUGUUAUCUUUGCACCAUUUUUCAGUUGAGUCGGGAAUAGACCCUGAAUGAUUUGCAAACCACCUGAAUCUGUUUAUGAUAAGACCCCAGUUUAUUGGGAUUGGGGUUGUGUGAUAAACAUGCUAUAGUUUCAAUACUGGGAUCAAAAGUUGCCUCAGUGCAGCUUUAAUUUAAAUGCAGAAUUCAUUGAUCCGACAGAAACAGCCAAUCAGCAUGCUUCCCUUUCAAAAGCAUUAUCUAAAUGUGGCUCUGCUGCGCCGUGUAUUCUCUGCCCUUUGUGUGGCAUUUACAGAUAAUCAAUAGCGUGUGUUGUGCUGAGCUGUGGACUGUGUUGUCCCACAGAGGUGGACUGCUGCGCUGUAAAAGGUUGAACAGCAACACUGUAAAGUGAGGCGGGACUGCUGCUGAUACAGGUACAAUGGAGAGUAACAGUGCAUCACACCGAGACUGGUUUAAGAAACAAGAGAGGUACAAGACAGAGGGCUGGGUAUUUUUCUUUUUCCUCAUGUUGUUGGCACUGAGUUCGCCUUUUUUAUUUGGAUGUAUUUAAGGAUAAAGGGUGAAAAUGGUCGGGCCACAAGGCGAGGUUAAUCCCAAAUCAUUCAUUCCUCUUUGAUUCGCUGAUUAAAAUCAUGAAAAGUCCGACAUUUGAACCACCCAUCAGGUGUCUCGGCAAAUCUUUGAAAUCGAUGAAACUGACUCCUCUCAUUGUGCUUGCAGCCUUAUUUGUAUUCUCUUCUCAUACGCUUGUAUUCCCUGCCAGAUCCUAUAAAACUUUAACUUUCCCGCUGGGAUUUCGAGGUUUCGUAAGAUAUUAUCUUUUCAAAUAUAAAUGAAUAUUUGUAGAAGCACCUGCUGCCCUCAGACCAACUCUUCCCUUGAUUAAAAUCUUCCAAUUUCAGGAGAAACACGACCUUGUCUUGAAUCCUUGAACGCCGUUUUCCUGCGCAGUGGAGGCGAGAAUAAGUAUUUGUGAGUGUCUUUUCUUUGCUACAGUGAAGUCUGGUCAGCAGCCUGUGAAAAAGUCUGCUUGGAUUGCGGGGACUGGUUGUGUGUGGUUCUAGUCUGGUGAACUCGGAGACUGUGUGACAGGAAGAGGAGAGAGGAAACAGACAGGAGACCUUUAGAGUCUUUAGAUAUCUCACAGGAACUCUUUAUGUUGGAAACACACAACCUGUGGAUGUCGAUUGCAUACAUUUGAUUACAAGCUUGCCCUGUCCUCUUUGUGAAUGGCACCCACUGGUCCACAUAUGGUCACCUCUUGUCCUUAAAAACCAAUACGAUAAAGCCAGAGUGCGAACCCAGGACCUCGGAAGGGCGUACAGGAAAAUGAGGACGCAGGGGCUGGAGGUUUAACCAGCUCGGACAGCUCUGAUUGAUACAGCUGACUGUGGACUUAUCGACAUAACCCUGACAUGUGUUUCUGCUUGUGUAAUGCUGUGUGUAGAUUGAAAGAUUAUGCAUUAGUUUCGCUGCAGCAUCGGGGUUGGAAAUCAGUAUUUCCAGCCAGGAGAGCUGAUGAAGAGCUCUCCGUGGUCACAUUUUUGGGUAUCUACAGUAUGUCAGAGAGAGGCUUUUUAUUAUUGGCGUUUCAUUGAUUAUGUCAUCACAGGCUGUUGGCAUAUUUCCACAUUAGAGCUCGAGACUGUAAGGAGUUUUAUCUCUAGAGGCCAUCAUCCGGCUAAUAAGCUAAAACACAGCUCAGUGUUUAUCAUAAUGGAGACAGUUCGUUUAAAAGAAAGACUCACAUUCCUGCACUAUGCGACAUGACAACUCGAACAUGUACCGGCAAUCAUGACAAAGCUGUGACUCAUUGCGUCAAUUUAGCAAUGCGGGUGAGUCAAAAGGGAAGACAAACAUGUCGAGUUAAGUUGCCUGGAUGAAUGGUGCUACGUGAAGCGUGGACAUGAUGCAUCUCCAAGACCUUUUAGUCCCAGGAUAUUUUUUUAUCUUGUCUUCAUGGUUGAUUCCAAUAGUACAUGUCUGUAGAGCCGGAGAGCCAAGCAGAUCCACAACUGUAACAGAUCCACAACCCUCUUUGUGCCCCUGCUGGACAGAGUAGGUCAUUGCGUGACAGACCCACAACCCUCUUUUUAACCGCAUCUGUUUUUGUGAACAGAAAUUUAAUUUAAUAAACAAGUUAAUAGAUCAAUAAGUGACCGCAGUCACAUAUUAUUAUCUAACCAAAAUUUGUGAAGAAAGUGUUCAUUUCUUGGGACUCUGCCCACUUCCUUUUAAGGAUUUGAGAUUUAUUUGACAUAUAAAUAAGUGCCCACAGUCACAUAUUUCAAUAUGAACCUAGAUUUCAUUCAUUUUACAAUUUUUUGCUUAUCAUCUUUUUAUGUAUUGUCUGCCUACCUAUAAUAUUUUGGGUUCAUUCUACCAAAAUAUCAACUUAUAUUAUCCCAAUAUCAUAGGGAUUGACCUUGCUUUGAUACUAUUCAUUCCUUGGCGAUGAUUUUGACCCCUGAAUGCAACAGUAUGUGUCUGCAGUGCAGGAUUAAUGUGAUAUUUCAUGUUUUUCUCGUAUAUUUUCAUGUGCAAUCUCAUGAACAUUAUUUGUCAUCACAUUUUCAGUUCAGUUUCAUUCACUACAGUAGUACAUAACCCAAUUCCACUGAAGUUGUAAAAUUGUGAUAAACGUUAUUAAAACAGAAAACGAAUAUAUGAUUUGCAUGAAAUUCUGAGUUAAUUAUUAUUUGCAAAAAAACAUAAGUAAAGUUUAUGAGUUUGAACAUGAAAUAUCUUGUCUUUGUAGUGUAUUCAGUUGAAUAUAGGUUGAAAAUGAUUUGCAAAUCAUUGUAUUCUGUUUUUAUUUACGUUUAUCACAAUUUCCCAACUUCAAUGGAAUUGAGUUUUGCGCAUUCCCGACUUCCGACAAGCCAAUGUUAGCAUUAGCUUGACCAAGAUUCGAUAUUCAUUGCAGACUGUCAUGGAAAAAUGGAUUGGGGAAUAAUGCCAUAAACGGAGCCUGUCACAUUUACAUUUAUUUCAAAUUCAAGACGACAUUUUUAUCAAUUACUAAAAAAACAUGUGAUUCACGUUUGAUACUCGAUCAUGACGUCGUUCCAUUCGAGCCAAUAACUUUUGAGAAAGGAGCAGCGGUUAAAAAGAGGGUUGUGGAUCUGUGGACACCCUCUACUCGAUGAGUCAGCAGUUGGAAAGAAAAAAAUGAUGUUUGACUGAUUUUUUGGACAGGUUGCACAGGUUUUUCCCUGCGUUUGUUAGCUAAUUUAUUCAUUCUUUGGACAUUAUUGAAAUUAUUUCGAGAGAAAUACGUCCAUUUUUGAUCGAAAGACAAACACAAAGUCCUAAAAAAGCAAAACAAAGUAUCAGUAGAGUCUUGAUUAUAGGCUUUCUAUCAGGAUCUUAGAUAAAACCAGUGGAAGUUUUAGUUUAAGAAAUCUAAAUGUUCUUGAAAAAUGAAGGAUUGAUUGUGUUAAAAUGAAGUUAAAAAUGGUUUUAAGUAUGUUUUUAUUGCAUUGAGAGAACCUCCUUGCGAUGAGGUCGUUCUGUAGCCUCUGCUGCAUGAAACCCUCACAGUUUUUGAAUCAUGUCUUUUUCCAUUACGCCUUCUAUACAAACAUCCUCACUCUGCAAGAAGUUCAGCCAGCAUGCAGAAUCUUCAAGGCGUUACAUAAAAAAAGAAAUCUGCAUCCGCAUCUUUCCGUGCAUGUGUCGACAAGCGCACGCUCGCCUGAGAGAAAAACUCUGAGAGCCAAAGCAUGUUGUCUUCAUCUCGUACCGCUAAAUAAAGCGAAAGCACUUCCAGGGCGACUUUUUUAACAACAUGCAGCGAUGUUUCAUUUAUGAACAGAGCAAAGUCGCAGAGGAAGACUGAGUGAAUGAGUGAGAGGGUGAAAGAAAGGCAGCGAAUGAAGAGAAGGGUGAGGAGAGGAUCGGGCGAUGGUUGGAGCUGCCUCGCUAGAAGCUAAGGGUGCGUUAACUUGGAACAUUAAUGAUGUGGAAGACAGAGGGGAAAAGAAGCUGCAUGUCAAGCAAAUUAGGAAAUUUAAAGUGACACAUCAGCGCCAGAACGGAGUAAGAUAUCCGACUGACAUCAUGUAGAGUGAGGGCAACGAGAGGGCUUAAUGUGAAGGGGUCACGCUUACUACAAUACAGGGAAAAGACAAUGAGUGAAGAAGAAAGACAAUGCUGAUUGGGUAAUAAGGAGAUGAGGAGAUGGCUUUGUGAGUGUAGAUUAGAGUGAAAAAGCUCCAUUAGCGGUCAAUUAGGAAAUCUCUUGUGAAAGAUCGAUGCCAAAUCGGGCAAUCUUCUUCUAGAGGCAACAGCACAAAUUCACUUAAUUCUGCAGUAGAAGAAACAUGCGAAACCCAUACAGGAGGUCUCUUAUAAUUGAUCAAUUACAUGGUAUUUAUGGGGCAGGGAAUUGAUUUUGUUCAUACAUUUUAAAUGAUCAAGUUGAGAAAAUGGGAAAAUAUCAAUUCUCAUUCUUAAAGCCCUCUGUGAAAACUUUUUUUUCCCUUUAAGGUCCUUACACAUCGGGAAUGACGCAAAUAUACAACGCAAAAUUUCGAAAUAUUCAGAGGCGAAUUUUGACGCGCCUGACUAUACACAUUAAGCGCAUUCGAUUUUGCGACUUUCUCGGGGGAAAAAAAGACACGUCCCACUGUCGUGUCAGAAGUCUGACACAACAGCAGACUGACUGUUUUUCAGUUCUGAUUAGACACUCGUGUUGAGAUGUCUGUCUGUCAUGAUAGCAUGUACUGAGUCGGGGCCAGUACCGGAUAAGCACAUUAAACUAUAAUCCAUAAACGUAAGGUAACAACCGAGACCUAAUGGUUCUGUGACAGCAACGCUGUGAUUGAGUUUGAGACAGUGAAAAUACAUAUGGUAUGUUGUAUCUGAACAGGUUAGCUUACGAGCUAAAGUUACUUAGCACAGAUGAAAGUUAAAACAAAGACGUUUAACAAACUGUUAAAGCACACAAACCAUCGUCAUAUGAGAAAUCUGACGCUAUGACUCUCCACAAGUUGUCCUUCAGGUCGUUAUCUUUGUAAUGUUUGUGUCUUUUAUCAAAAAGAACUCUGUUCUCCGACACAUAAACAAUCAGCCGGUCGGCCAUGUUGGAUAUACCGGUGAAUCAGACGUCACAACGACACGAAAUCUGAUUGGUCAGAAUUGGACACACAGUAUGUGGAACUUUAGAAAAUUCUACCGUGAUACAAAAAUAAAUGCCGCUAGACGGGAAAACAUUGCUGAUGUGAACACUUGUAUUGACAGGAUAUGGGUGCAAAAAAAAAUAUUGACGUCCGAAAUAAUCGCACGAAAAAAAAACACUCCUGGUGUGUACGGACCUUUAACAGCCCUAAAUAUAAGACAAGUCUUGGAUUGACAGAAGUGACAACUUUCCGUCAAAGAUCAGGAGUUAGGGUUUAUAUGACCUAAACCAACUUUGUAGAAACCUGACUAUCUUGUCAGUGGGGGUCCUUCAAAUCUAAUAUAACAAGAAUACUCAGUGUGUAUGUUUGUAUGGCCGUGGGAGAGAGACAGACUUCGUAGCGUGUCAGAGAACAGGCUGUAAAUCCCACACAGAUUCAGAACCAUGGACAGCACCAGCAGUCACCAAACCAACAAGUGAAUCAGGAGCAGUUGGGAAGCAGUCAGGCGUUUCAGUCGGGUUUUAUAAAAGGAAGUUUUUGGGGAACAAGCUGUUGGACAAAUGAGCAAUCGUCCACUUGUUUGUGGAAGUUUUGAAAGUGAGCGCCUUCAAUGAUACAAAGAUGGUGGUCUUUUGAGUGACCUCUCUUUAGCCAAAGUUAGUCUUUUAUUUUCUGUUAUAAGUCAAUUUUCUUUCUCCAUAUACAUUUCUCCAUCUCUUGACGUGAUGUGCUUUAAUUCACAAUGAAAUAUCACCCUGCCUUGAACUCUACCGUACAUCCUUUGUCUAAACCGGGCUUUCUGCUGACAAGUCAUUGCACAGUAUUUCACAGAGUGACACGCACCCGAUCUACGCUCUGCUAUCUCAAAGCCGACAUGGCCUCUCCAUCAAUAACGUGUAUAUCCUCUGUUGCUCCCCUAUUCUACUUUUAAGAUACGACUUCAACAAACAAACCUCCUCCCCCCCGCUUUUCUGUUUUCUGCCGCUUCAAACCCAAGUCUGAGUGUUUCCACAGAGCCUCCUGCUGAGUUUGAAGAUGAUACAAUCCUUAAACACGCACUCUGGGAGUUACUUCAGGAUAAUUGUGAAGUUUUACAGAUUUUUCCCCCUCUCCUCGUUUUUAGUUUUUAAGCUUUGCGUGUUCGGGAGAUAAGUGUGAAGUCUCUGCAAGUCUCAUCUGAAAUCCCUGGAGCUGAAAUAUUUCCGACUGGAGUAGAUUUUUUCUGAAGCACUUAAGUCAUUAUAUCAGUCUAUAAAGGGAGGACUGAGAGUGAACACUUUUCUCUUUAAUGCAGACUCAGCUGACAUGUAGAAAUGAAUAAACUGAGGAGUAAGUGACCCAAACCCUGAUUUACAUUUUCCAUGUAUAUUUCACACCCCUCCACCCACCACUUAACCUACAUGUCCUUGUAUGCUGGAUGAGGUCCUCAGUAUGCAGCAGCUGAGCUUUGAUAAAGAUGAAUACAAGUCUACCGUAGAUUCGUGCCCAGGCUUAGAUUACCCCAGUUAUCCUGUAGUGUGUAAAGUGGUAAGAAUUGGCACAGGGAGUGGGGUUUAAUGCUUCUGGCUGUUGUAAACAUUGUCAUAAUGUAGGCUAAAACAUCUUCAGAGAGCUUUUCUUGUGCCUUUUGUGCAAAUUCAGUCAGUCCAGAUAAAGAUCUUAAGGGUUUUUAAAGGGUUUAAUGUCCCAGUUUGAGUUUCUGUGUGGUCUUUUCAAACGAGGAAAGUCGGAUAAAAUUCCCUGAAGCCAGAAAUUUGGGGGAAAAUGCCCUCUCAAUGACCUGAAUCCCAAGGCUAGGUUUUGGAAAAUUCCCCCUCUUGUUCAAACUACAAUUAAAAUUCGGAACUGAAAAUGUGAGCCAAGAAAAAGGUCAAUGCCCAAAUGCCCCAGUUCCCUCUUUUUUUGUCUCUUGAUUCUGCUUUGAGGAGACAGCCAUACAGAGGCUGGCUAAUGUUGGCGUUCAGUAGGACAGUUUGAACCAGAGAUUAGUCAUAUUCUUGAAUUUUGGGAGCAAAAAAAAAGUGGAGAAAUAUCUGUCUAGUAACAAACUGAAAACCUAAAUAUCUUCAAAAUAGAAAGGUAUAAAACCAAGAAUGACAAACAAAUUGAACUUUUGGAAAUUGAAACCAUGUUCAUCAAUUUUCAUGCUUGUACAAAUAACUGGCAAUGCAUCCAUUAAAAUUCUGCUGCCUUCGCUUGAGACGAGACAUAAAAACAUUUUGCAGUCGGCUAUUGAACCACAGAUUUCUCUUUGAAAGCCAUAACGGACGUAUUUGCUGAUAAAAUCUAAUAAAUGCCAGAGAGAGGGUUUCUAAUCUACUCUGAUGGGCUUUUUUUGUUUGUGCUCCUAUAGAUGCUACCUCGCCUGAACCCUUUUUUUGGAUCGCUUCACUUCGCAGUAAAAACCCAAACCGGAGCUGCGGUAAAUGUGAAAUUAAACAUUUGUUGACAUGCACCCGGAGCUGAGUGUUUGAGGCUGUGUUUGUGUUCUUGCUGACUGAAGUAUGUGGUAGCUGAGCGGGGAGGUUUGAGCCAGCUGGCGUCAGAGCUUUCUGUGAUUGGGAGGUUUGACAUACGAUGCAGCAAACAGCUUCCAUCCAAGAUACAGUCGCCACCAGCGUUUGGUUCUCACUGAGGAUGGGCACUUAUUGGUCCAUGGGGAGUUAUGUGUGGCCAUGAUGUUGCACUGGUUGAAGCAGUUUCCCCCUCUCGCUGUGACUGCUCUUAUGCAAACGUUUAUGCCUCUAUCCACUGGAUCCGUUUAUGCUUUUAGAGGUUUAAUGAAAAGACAGAGAAGAUCAAUACCUGUAAUUACAACGUGAAAAUGACUUUUCAAUGAGCCUCAUGAGAGUCCUUUUUAGGGAAAAGCCCAUCAAUAAAGAUGAAAUAAAGUACAGUGCACGGCUCUGCAAGAUCAAAACACAGAAAUCCUCUAUAUAAGGGCUUUGGUCUGCCAUUUGUUUUUACUAAUGCAGCGUUCAAGUUACCUCGGAAGUCAGAUGUCGGGGCUGGGAAUGACAUUAUUCCCGAGUUGACGGCGUUCCAGUUAACAAGUCGAAAAACCAAGAUGGAUGCCUACAGUUACCCGUUGUUAGAUGUUGUUUACAAUUGUCAGCUUCUGUUAGCUGUUGUCAGCGGUUGUUAGUUGUUAACAAUUCCAGAUGUAAACAACGCAUAACACAGAAUUUUACCCUUACAAACACCAUAGCACCGUGUUCACAGUUAGACGUUGGGCAUCACAACAAAUACCACUUAUUUAAUUUAACAAAAACAAAACAGAAAUGCUAAUAAAUAAAACAUUACCAGAGCUUUAACUGUUACUCUUUACUGUUGAUGCACUGCGCUGCCAUAUUGGAGUAUGAUGUUGUCGUAAAUUCGGGGUUGGUGAGGAGGAUCGUCCGUCUUUCUGAGUCGGAAAUCUGACUUCAGGGGGGAAUUCCAGAUGAAUUUCUGACUCGGAGCUCGGAAAUUUUGACAUGGCUGAAGUCUCCUGAUAGUAUUACAAGGACCUCAGGUUCUUGAGUCUGUAUCCUAGCAACAGUAUCAUGGAGGACGUCACAUGGAACUUCAGCCGUUGCCUGUAUUCACAUGCUGCUAGAAUUGAGCUGCCCAUAUGGUGACACUUCCAUUGGUCUAAAGUAUGAAAAUGUCCGUGAGUAUGAGCCUGCCUUCUUUUACAACACUAUUUAAUUUCAAGAGCAUUUAUAAACCCAUUUUGUUCCAACUUCUUGAAAAUUGUCCUUUUUUGUGGGAAAGAAGAAUGAGAUCUCUGUUGAGUUUGUGUUUCAAAGAAGUCAUUUUCAAGUCAGUACACUGGCCUGUCAACCAAGUCUGAACAAAGCGCACCGCUGCUUCCUUUGAAUGCAGAUUUACGGAUCCUUAGUUUAUGGAGGGGACUGACAUCAAACAUGGGGAAGCAGGGGGAAAGGCCUCAUGACAACAUAAGUUUGAGCUACAUCAGUCAGACAGAAAUGGAGUUCACAGAGGAGUCAGACUUUAUUUUAGCAGUGUUUGUGUGACUCCUCAGUCAGUCAGUCACCUUUUAGAGAAAAUGCAGCCAGAGAAUAAAAAUCAGGAAGAGAAGUCUGAGCCAUCAGGUGAAGAAAUAGGACUGCGCCGUCUCGUCUUCAUGUCAGGUCAAACAGUCAGCUGGAAAACGAGUCUGGAUUUGAUUAUUAGGGAUGGUGAACAUAGCGGCCUGAAUUCAGGCUCUCCUCAAGCUAAAUUUCAGGGUGCUUAUCUUUACUCUAAUUGGAUGGAUUGUCAUCAUAUUUAAAGCUUUUAGAGGAUAGAAUUUAAAGACCCCAUGAAUGAAACCGAUUCUUUAAUGUAACACAUCUCAGAGUGAGGCAGAUUAUACGGGAUGGUUUAAGUGUUGGAGGGAUUUUAAUAAAUCUCCCUGAUUUGAUUUAUUGUGCUUCAGCCCGGUAAGUAUGUAUCGACACAGAUCUGCAUCGAUAGAAGAUUGGGGCUGCUGGGCUCCAGCCAAACCUCCCUCACUUUUAUUGUUGGACAGGCACAUGAAUAUGCACUCAAACGCAAUCUUGUUAAAUUGAAACUUGGUUGUCCUGAGAGUGGAGCUCAAAGCUGCAGAUACUUCCGCCCAUUUCACCAACUGGGAUGUUGCGUUGCAGGUUUUGUCACCCACAUGCAUUCACUUAUUUAGCAUUUAGCAACAUAUCCAGCCUUUCAUGGGAGGAGGCCGCACAGUGAAGGUAACCGAUUUCAACUUUAAGGGGAGGAUGCGAAGCCCCUAAACAAAUUUGCUCAAGUUGGACGCCCAACCUGUGACUCACAGUUUUGUGAUGGUCUUGAGUGAGCGGACAACAACCCUACAAACUAAUAGUCAUUUCCGACAGAUUUGUUUACCCCAUCCUCUCUCAAAUGGCGAGCAAAGGUAAUAGCUGCUUUUGUUUGGAGAUGGCGAAAAAUUAAUGCGGCCCAGGUAAACUCAAGAGUCAGUUAUGCUUCCUGCUUUGAGACUCCGGCUCUGAGAUGCUGCGGUGUCCAUGCACAUGGUCGCUCUCUGAAAAUCCUCUUACUCCUCACACACACAUGCACAGUCGCACACACUGCUGUCUCCCCUCUCAUUUUCUCUCCCUAUCUGUAAUACACACACAUAAAAUACUCAUCCUUACUCACACACACACACAGCGUGGAUUUGUUUUCUCUGUGAUGAGAGGGAUUAUGGGAUAAAGGAGGCGAGGCCACGCCAGUUUAGUUCAGUUUGGACCAAAGCUGCUCUCCGCAGGAGCACAAUGACAAACACAGAUGAAUGUCUGGAUGCACUCUGGAGAUCGUCAAAGGCGUUAGCGCCGCGGCUUCUGUAUGUUUUGAGCAUAAGAGCCUCUGAUUGGGAUUCUGAGGUGGCGGCGGAGUUGUUUUUCUUUCAGAUGAUUGAAGAUCAGCAGAAAAACAAGCGUCUGGCAGGAAUCUGUGGAUGGCUACAGAAUCAAGAGGCGUUAAACUCAAAAGCCCCAGAGUGUUGAAUUUUGCUCUAUUGGUUCAAAGGAUGACUUGAAUUUGCACUUGGUGUUACUGGGAGUUUUAAAACUAUGUCCACUUCUUGACUAGAGUUUAUGCUCUUUCAUAUGAGGACGCUUUUGUUUUUUUUUUGUUUUUUUUGUUAUGUUGCAAGCUAUGACAUAACUGCCUGAUGAAUUCAACCCACCAGCAGCACGAUAUGGGAAUCGACCAGCUGGAUUCCUAUGGCGGUGACGUCCUCAUCUAGUACGCUUCCUUUCCUUCUGUUUUUUACAUCUCCAUCUGCACUCACUCAUCAGUCAGGGCCUCAGCUCCUCCGCGUUAAUGCUGCAGCUCAGACAUGUGACGUCCUUCUGUGCAGAAUAUGCUGAGUAAUAGAAAACGAGUCGAGAUUUUGGCACUGAAAUGCGGUUGAUCGUCUCCGUUGUUAGUGUGUCUGCGCAUCACAGAGUUGAGGUCAGGACAGGGAAGUCAUAAUCGUGGUUUAUGGCUGCAGGAGGAAGUGUUCUUGAGAAUAAAUCAAACGGGGGAGAAUGAAGACGCUCGAAUUCAGUUGCAUUUCUCUGCCUUGAUGAUCUUUCAUUGCAGAUGUGAUUAUUUUUGUGGAGAGUUAUGGGAUGGGCUCCUUAUGGGCUGCGAAUUGAGACUUGAAUUUUUAACGGUUAAUUCAGGAGGAUGGUGUGCUGUAUCUUUACUAGAGGACAGACUUUCAUUCAUAUAUUACACUCCUAUCUCCGUCCCUCCAGUGACGCUCUCCUGAAAUCCUCAAUAACAGCUGAAAAUCUCUAGUCACCUUCAAAUCAGUGCUUUUCCAUUCAUGCGUGCAUACUUUUCACAGAGCUACAUACAUGCGGCCAUUGAUUGCCCAUCUGCAGACCCGAUUAGCUGUUAUUUGACUGCGGUUGAUUGCACUAAGCUGUGCUAUCUCACACCGCAAGCCACACACUGAGAGACAAGAAGUCUCUCUAAUUGGACUAAGAGGGAUCAAAACCAGAGCUGCACAGAGUGUUUCCAUCCAGAGAGAGGGGAAAAAGAGACUUUAAGAUUCACCUGUCAUUCUAAUUUGAAAGAAAGUGACUUUAAAAAGGACAGAGACAGACGAGACAUGUUCUGCAUAAUCAUUUAAGAAGAAAAAGUUCUGGUUUGGAGUGUGCUAAAUCUUCUUUUUCUCUUUACAUAGUCAAACUAUGGUUGAAGUCUGAAGGUUUAAUGUUUAAAUGUAAUCAGUUUGCACCUCUAAAUAGUAUGAUAUAUGAUGUGAUAUGAUGUAACUCGAUAUGGUGCAAUAAAAUAUAGUAGCUACCACUAAACAGACAAGGAUUUGAAGGGAUAGUAUAGGAUAUUGGAUAUUUUACAUUAUAUCACAUUAUAAUUUGAUAGUACAUGACAUGAUGCUACAGGAAAUAAUACAAUAUGAUAUAAUACGUCAGUAUGUGUUAUAAUGCAUUAAGAUUUUUAUAGAUAUUACAACACCAGAGAAAACAACAUGAAACAAGACAGAUUUAAUACUAUAUGAUAUAAAUCUAUGCAAUAUGAGUAUGAUAUAACACACUUAAUACUAUCUGACAUGAUAUUUUAUGAUACAAUGAUACAAUAUAAUUUGAUUGAUGUUACAUUACCAUUACACCAUACAAUACAAUUAGAUAUAGUAUGACAAGCGAAAGUAUGAUGCAGUACUAUAUGAUACAAUUCGAUAAGUUACAACUAGGGCCCGACUGAUAUGGAUUUUUUGGGACUGAUGCCGAUUAUUAGGGGGGGAAAAUCUGAUUACCGAUUAAUCUGUCGUUUUUUACAAUUUUUUUAUGAAGUUGUAAAAUAUAUAUAUGUACAGUAGAUAUCUACAGUAUACUAUAUACUGUAGACAUACUGUAGGUUACUGCUCUUCACGUCACAGGAAGACCGACUGAUCAAACCCGGACCAGAAAAGCGUUUUCAACUAAACAUUCAACAUUUUCGAAGUGAAACCAAAUCUUAUUCUCCGCAUUUUAUUUCUUAAAAUAUCGGCGAAAAUUGUCGAGUUUUGGCCAAUUAACGAUUAGUCUCAAAUGGGCUAAAAUUGGCCAAUUUUAUCAGCUCACCAACUAAUCGGUCGGGCCCUAGUUACAAUACAUGCUCCCAUGUGGUGCGAUUUGGUAUGAUGUGAUACAAUGCAAUUAGAUGAGAUGUGAUGCAUUCAGAUAUGAUUCGUAGUACUGUGUGAUACGACAUGAUACUCUACUUAACGUUAUGGUGCCAUAAACUCAAAUGUCUCUCUGAAUGACAGAGAAUCCCUCACACUGAGUUGACAGAGAGAUGUUCAUUAGGCUGACUUGCUUUUCCUUUUAUGUUUCAGCCAUAAGAACAAAAUGUCCGGCUGGCCGCCCCCUGGCCCCGGCUCCUGGAGUGGACUGCAGGGGCCUCCAUACAGCUGGGAGAGUAUGAACAUCAGCAGGGAGGGACGGGACUGCCUCACCACGUAUGUAUUCACCAGCAUGUGGUCUAAUCAUGCCUGAGUGGUUAAUGCCUUAUGAGAAAUGUGCAUUUACAUCUCAAUCACACAGCAGGUUGCGCGAUUAUCGAUAAAAAUUCCUAUCGUUUCAGCCAGUGCAACUUUCAAACAGUUGUGUUUCAGCUUCCUGCAGUAAGGCAGCCUUUUGAUGACAGUCAGCAGUGCAGCAGAACCACAUUAGAGUGGCAGCAUGAAUGACUUUACUAGGCAGCCUUUGGGGCUUUCUGCUUGGCAGCUCUUUUUUUUUUUUAAUCCAGCAAGCUGCCGUUUGAAACCAGGAGUCAUUUUUGAUGUGUUGUUUCAGCCCCAACAAAGAUUCUGAAAUUACAGUGGAUGAAAAGUAGCUGGGUUUAGCUUGACCUCACAAAUACAACCUUGGAUGAACUCACAAAAGGUAUUCAGCAUUUGGGUGAAUUAGCAUGCAUGCAUGCAGGGCCGGUUGUUUGAGUUUGUUUGUCCUGCGAGCGGAAACUUUCAGUCAGGUAAACAUGCAGAUCCUCAGAUUGGACGGUCAUCGCCUGCUCUGCAUGCAGCACAGUUAUUCCGGCCGUGUGAAAACUGUGCUGAAUCUGAAUGCUCUGUCUGUGUGAAUGGUGUGAAAGGUCUUCACUUUGAGUCAAGUUUAAGGCUUUAUUAGCUUUAUAAGAUAGGUCAGCUGGUCAGAGACAGGAGGUGUGGGAGGCUUCACAUCAGAAUUUAGUGUAAGUAUAAAAUGAACUGAGUACCUUUCUUUAUUGUUUUGCCUCUUUAUCACUUUUCUUUUUCAACUUCCUGCCAUGUUUGCUUCCCUCACCUCCUUAUCUUACACUUCCCAUCCUCCCCACCCUACAUUAAAUCCUCCCCCUCGCUCCUCAUAAAGGGAGAGUUUAAUAUGACAAGUCAGACAGCUCUGGUUACGUGGCUUUGUUCUCUGAGAAAAGCUGCUGGCUUUAGAGGAGGUGACACAGAGCGAGUAUCACAAUUGGAUUUCUAUGUGACAGAAAGAAAGAUUAAAGAGGGAGAGCGAGGAAAGCCAUUGAUUGAAUUAACUACAUCGGACAGGUAGCUGCGCUAACAGGAACAGACCGGAAAAGUUUUUGAAAACUUAGCUUCAAUCGGCCGCCUCUUGGAUCUGGCACUCCUUCCAGACUGAACUUGCGGACUUUGACCAAUCAGCAGCUGGUCCCCGCACAGUCACACACACAGAGACACUAGCAAAACAAGGUAAACAUGUAAAAAUUGUUAUUUAUUGCAAAAAAGAUAUAAUGUAGUGCUGUUUAACGUAGGAACAGAGGGAUGUGAAGAGCUGCUCAAGAAUACAAAUAAACACAACAAACGGAGACUCUAAACUAGAGUGGAAAAAUGUCACUUUCUGAAAUCAAAACAGCAGUUAAAACAAAAUGAGUGGUGAGCAGCUCCCAAUCCCUUACAAUUCCACACAAAAAAAAAAGAUAUACAAUUAAAUCACUUCCACACACGAAUGUCAACACAGUUUUCCUUACAAAGGAUCUAGAAAACCCAAGUGUCUGCGCCAAAAGCAAUGUUGCCAACUCCUCAGUAAGGAAAGUCGCUAGUGGCUGUCGUAAAAGUUGCUAGAAGUCGCUAGAUGACAUCAUCACCUAAUUUGCAUAAUUUCUCAGUCAAACCUACCGCUGACCGUCCACCCCCACCCCCAGGAGCAAUUUUUUUUUUGUUGGAUGGUAGGGGAAAGUCCCGCCUCCUUCGCCUCUGAUUGGCUAGAAAAACUGGAAACGUCAUCACACGCUCAAGCCAAACGCAGGCUGUCGGCUCUGUACAUCGAACAGAACAUUAUCGCACUUCUGAAUCUCCUAACCCUUAACCUAACCCUAACCCUAACCCAGUGGUUCUCAAAUCCAGUCCUCGAGCCCCCCCGUCCUGCAUGUUUUGGAUGUUUCCCUGCUCCAACACACCUGAUUCAAAUGAUCAGCUCGUUAUCAAACUCUGAGAUGGCUUACUAACGAGCUGAUCAUUUGAAUCAGGUGUGAUGGAGCGGGGAAACAUCCAAAACAUGCAGGAUGGGGGGGGCUCGAGGACUGGAUUUGAGAACCACUGCCCUAACCUGACAGACGAUGACGUUUCACAGCCAUUAGGAAUAACCAAUCGAAGCCCAGCACUUCUAGCCAAUCAGAGGUGAAGGAGGGUGGGACCUUCGCCCCCUGGGAGGAGGAGGAGUCUCCUGCGGGGUGUCUAUAUGUGUCUGUGUCUGUGUUUUUGAUGGACACCAGCUACCUGUUGAGAAGAGUAACAUCGAUAUCUGUGAGUCUCUAAACUCCAGAAAAAGUCGCUAGAUUUGUCGCUAGGCACUUUUUCGAAAAUAAGUCGCUAGGGGUGUCUGAAAAGUCGCUAGGUUGGCAACACAGCCUCAAAGCUGUGCUAUCGCUUUCUGUGAUCUGUAGGGCAGGGCUGCUGAUGGUGAAAAAGACAAUUGUCGUCAUACCCUAAAAGUUAAUUUAUUAAGAAGUAGCUGCCCCUUUGAAACAGUACAGAUUUAAACAUUGAUUCAACCUUGAUACCAAAGUUAAAGGCUGAUAUAAAAAGAUAAAGAUAAUCGAGUCCUACUGAUAAACUUGAAAAAAAAACCACAUUUAAAUUAUAAUUAUCACAGGACAAAGAACAAUCUCCGUCUUAAUGUCGCCAGGCUCGUCUUAUUCCCUCGAUAAAAGUUCAUGAUGCCGUGUCGCCAAGGUUAGCCAAGUCUUUUAAGCUUGUUAUGUAACUCUAAUGUGCCAUCCUUUGUCCUAGACUAUAUUACAUCUUUCUGAGUUAUAGUACCAAUCCACUGGAGUCCUUUGCAGCUUGCACGUGAUAAAGGGCCAUACUGUAUAAAUAGUACUAAAAAUUGAGCUCCUGUUUUGUGAGGCUCAUGACAACAUUGGGUUUAUGUUAGAGAACAAAUGUGAUUAGAGUAAAGCUACUUUUAAAUGCAUAAAGGACCUGAAACAUCCUUGUACGUUUGCAUAUCCAUGCAUGCUUUUCCAAUUCGCCCACGAGUAGCUUCAAAACCAGGAUUUGACCUUUUCUAUUCAGCUUUCCACUGACCCCCUGACAUCCAAGCUCUGCCCUCCCGUGGGGAUUAAACCCCUGCGCCCCUGACAAGGAAGAUGAGCCUGCAUCACAUAUUGGAACACGCUUCAUCACAGACAGAUUUAGUCUGAGGUUUUCUGCACCAUAUGCACAACACAGAUCAAUGUGAGAAUGCGCUAGGAGGGAAUUCAAUUGGAGGUGGGGUGGAGACUGAGGGCUCUAUUUUGGUGCCUCGCCGGAGAUCUGCCGCAAGCGCAGCGUCAAUCAGAUCCGCCGCGCUGACAAGGCGUUCCCAAGCACAUUUUGGUAUUUUGGUGAGCCGCGCAGCCCGGCGUAAGUAUCCCCCCUCCCUAACUCAGCUCCUCCCAGCACCAUAAGUCGGAGAAAGGGCGUGUAGUGAUUUUAACAAAGCCGAGACCUGUUUUCACCAAUCACAUAAGCUCCUCUCCUUGCCUUUAAAUCCGCCACCGGCGAGGCGUAUUACUAUUUUCAUGAAGUAGUCAAAGAGAUCAAGAGAUGUCUUAAGACAGUAAUGCCACAAGAUGGCGACAGAGGGCAGCUCCUCAACAAGUGUCCUCCACACUCUCUCAUAUGAGCACAGAUGGAUUUAGUGUGCGUAAUGUUGGUCCCACUGGUAAGACAAACACCCUUUUCCACAAAAAAGACACUCACAUAAAGUUGCUCAUAUUCAAACCUCACGUGACAAAGGUGGGUUGAGCGCACAGAUCACAACAUAAACUCCAAAAAUGGCAUUAAAAUUGGAACCAUCUGUGCGUAAAUGACGCAUCGCGCUCCGUGGCCUGGCUCUUUCUUUCAUAGAUGUUGGCAUAUAAAAUAAAUUUGGCUCACAAAACUGAAUAUUAUAAUAUCCGUAUGUCGGCUUAAAGUAGAUCACGCAUCUGAGCACUGAAACAAAUCAUCUGUUCAGUCGCAGCAGCAGCAAGACAGACAGAGGAUACGGAGACGUGUCCAGGUCGAGCUGUGCGAGAAAUAAGAGGAAGAGGAAGAAAGAAAAGGAGGGAGAUGAAUUACAUAUCUUGUUAACUUCAUCAUGUGUGUUUAUUUACUAGAUAUUUAAUUUAAUUUGAUGCGGUUUCAGCUGUGUUGAUUCGGUCAGGUUGUGUGUCCAAACGCGUGCCAAACGCGCUCAUCAGAUCAGAUAUAGAUCAGAAUAUAUCUAUAUAGAUCUAAAUGUAUGUGCUGACUCAGAUUAAUAGUUGAUGAUGAUUAUUUAAUGCACUGAAAUGUGCCUGACACUGUGGAAACCUGCCGGUGAGGCAUCAGUGUCGUAUGUCGAUACGCCGCCGGUCUACCAAAAUACUACUAGACCAGCUGCGUUCCGCCUUGCGCUGAAAGCUGACCAGGUUUGAAUCGGCGAGCUUUCAGCGCACUUUACACGCCGUUGGCGAGCACGAAAAUGUCACUGCGCCAGCUGAUUCUGUCAACACCUCCCCCUGCCACACCACCACGCCCAGCUUGGCGGAUCUCGGCUCGCCUCCGUGCGGCUCAUGCCACGAAAAUACCAAAUUGGCCUUACGCUGGGCUCCGCCAGACGAAAAUACAACUGCGCGGGGCUCGCCGCCCUCCGCCGCCUCACCGGCGCGAACGAAAAUAGAGCCCUGAGUCUGAUCCGGUUUGGUUGGAGAUAAAAUCCCACCUCAGACAGUUUGAACAUGUUUUUUUUUUUUUUUUUUUUUAUCAGGGCAGAUUUAGGCAAAGCUAAAGAUAUAUGUUGUCAUAUGCAUAUGCAAAAUCUGGAGAUUGGUCUACCAUGCAAAAGAAAAGAUAAAUAGCUUAAAGGUUCAUGCCAAAACCUGCAAACAAAUUAUCCAUGUCUAUGUGAUGUGAAGGUUAGGAUGGAUUAGACAGGAAAUUCACUCGCUUGACUGGACAGAUUGAGUCAGAUGAAGAUGGAAUGGACUUUAGCCAGGUAACAAUAGACACUCAGCGCUGAACUUAAUGUGCAGAGAGGGAGCAACGGCUGCCAAGGGAGCCUUUUAAGCUGUGAAAGCGGGAGGGCUGGAAACAAGAGACAGAGAGAGAGAAUGAGUUAACCCCACUGAAAGCGUAUCACCUCUUAAUUAACAGGCACUCUGCAUACUCGGUGUCCCGGUCGAGACAAGCCUCUGAGGUUCAGUGAGCGGGAAGCUUUAAUUUAAUGUGGGGGCAUUUGCAUUUUAGUGCUGCUCUCAUCCUGGAUGACUUGCAUUAAGGCAAAGAAAAGGUUGAUAUGGAAUUUUAACCAAUAUUAACACACAUUAACGGCAAUAUGGCGACACUGAUAAAUCAGGGUUACUGAUUAACUAAAGGAUGGAAAAUGCCCUUUUGAGGCAAAAUCAUAGACUGUAUAUACUAUGGACAACUUGGUUCCGCCUUCUGCCAGUAUAGGGAUUUGAAGCCAAAAAGCUCUCGGUAUUUCUGCGAUUUUUCUCCACUUUCUGAAACCAACAUUGCGCAGUAGUGUUGUAUGCAUUCCGCAGGAGAGUCGCCAAGAGUCGCUGUGAUGACGCUCGGCUCAAACAGCGUGUCCCCUGGGUGAGCUACGCUAUCUUCCUACAUCCAUAGGCUGUACUAAGUGUCAAUCAUUGAAAACACGAACCCCCAAAAACUUUUAAAAAUGGAGCUGUACAGAAAAAAGAGGACUUGAGCACAAACCAGACUUACUGUAACUACAUGUCAACAUCUCGAGCAGGGGGGAGAAAAAUUUAUAUUCUGUGUAAUAAAUCUCCAAAGUUUGUCCACAGCUCCAUAGGGAUUGCUGUCAGAGGCGGGAUUUAUGACGUAUACUGCAGCCCCGUCACCAGAGGGUGCUGUUCUCAGAGCGAGGAGGCAGACACUUUCCAUUCUAUAUCCAGUCUAUGGGCACAAUCCAGGAUUGAGAUCACUAAUAUUAACAUGAUUAGCUUGGUAUCUUCCUCUAUUCUUCAGCAGGAUGCGAGGAGACCAUUGGCCUGGUUAGGGGUCAGCCUUCGAGGGGUUUUCAGAAGCAGAGGUCUUAUUUAAGCCUCUGGUGCCCUAUCCGCUCCAAAAUAAAGGAAUAACCCCCCAAAAGACAAAGAAUAUGUUGUGUUGUAUCAUGCAGCUAGUCCCCUCUAGUUCCAUAUUGUUGGCCAGGCUACGUGCCCCUGACCCUCUGGCGUAUGGCAUCAUCAUAUGGCGUGAUCUGAGUGCUGCUCUGGGGAAAAAAUGGCUAAUCGAGUAAACGGUGUCUAUUACAAUGAUAAUAGUACUCAAGAUGCACAAAAAACAGAUAUUUUUAUCCCUGAGGAAUGAAUAAGUGUGACUUGAUUUAAAGAAUAGUCUGCAAACUGUCCUUUGUAUAACAGAGAUAAAUUGGCUCCAAGUCACAAAUCUUCGGCCUUUUCUGAAUGCAGGACCUGUUCUCUCUUUUAUAAGUGGCUCUUAAACACAAAACAUUGUUCCAAAAGACAAAAGCUGAGCCAAGAUUCAGAUUUAUGCACAGCUGAUCGAAUAGCUAUAUUCAAUCAUACUAAGUGUAACCUUUCCUUACAGAGCAGAAACGUAUUUCUUCCGUAGAAAUGAAUUCCCUGAUUGGAUUUUAAUGUGCAAUGAAUCAUUUCCUUUAGGAUACACUCUUUUUACAAGCAGCGGGUUAUCAGCAGUAUCUGCUGACUCAUUUUUACAUCAUUAUGAAAAAAGCAGGUCAAAAAACUGAACUGUGAGUGGAUUGUUUCUCCUCUUGUUUGUUUUCCAGCCAAGUGUCCACGAGCAGCUCGCUGGAGGAGGUUCACCUGGAUGGAGUCCCGCCCGCCCCUCGCCUGGUCGAGAUGAGACGGGAUCCGGUUCUAGGAUUCGGCUUUGUGGCUGGCAGCGAGAAGCCGGUGGUGGUCCGCUCUGUCACUCCAGGUAAAGAAAAUUGAGUAGCGGUUUAUUUGAUGCUAUCUCUAUAACGCAUUAUAAAUAUAUGUAUAAUGCGUUAUAAUCAUGUUACAGCACUGUAUAAGAAUAGUUAUAAACUCUCAUAAAUGAUCAUAAUGCUUUAUAGCAACAAUCAUAACACAUUAUAAAGCAUUUUAUCAUGACUUACAAGGUCAGGUAUUAUAAUGUGUUAUAACUGUUAACAACUCACUGACAAUAACCGCAUAGAUGAUGCAAUGCAACUGUUAUUAACAGUUAUAACACAUUAUAAUACCUGACCUUGUAAGUCAUGAUAAAAUUUGACAUUCCUUUCAUGGACGUUUUUAUUAACAUUUUGCACAGUAUUCCUCCAACCUUACUACGGACUAAAGGUCCUUACACCGGGAACGGCGCAAAUAUACAACCCGAAAUUAUGAAAUAUUCGGAGGUGAAUUUUGACGCAUUUGACUAUAAACAUCAAAAGCGAUGCGAUUUUGCGACUUUCUGGGGGGGAAAAAAAGAUGCGUCCAGGGUGGAAGCGAGAAGACUGACACAACAGCAGACUGAGUGUUUUUCAGUUCUGAUUAGACGCUAGUGUUGAGAUGACUGUCUGUCAUGAUAGCAUUUACAGAGUCGGGGCCAGUACCAGAUAAGCACAUUAAACUAUAAUCCAUAAACGUAAGGUAACAACCGAGACCUAAUGGUGCUGUGACAGCAACGAGAUUGAGUUUGAGACAGUGAAAAUACAUAUGGUAUGUUGUAUCUGAACAGGUUAGCUUACGAGCUAAAGUUACUUAGCACAGAUGAAAGUUAAAACAAAGACGUUUAGCAAACUGUUAAAGCAAACAAGCCAUCGUCAUAUGAGAAAUCCGACGCUAUGACUCUCCACAAGUUGUCCUUCAGGUCGUUAUCUUUGUAAUAUUUGUGUUUUUUUAUCAAAAAGCACUCUGUUCUCCGACACGUAAACAAUUAGCCGGUCGGCCAUGUUGGAUAUACCAGUGAAUCAGACAAAAAUAAAUGUCGCAAUAUUGCAGGACGGGAAAACAUUGCUGAUGUGAACGCUUGUAUUGACAGGAUACGGUUUCUAAAAAAAAAAUUGACGUCCGAAAUAAUCGCAAGAAAAAAACGCUCCCGGUGUGUAAGGACCUUAACUUUAACGACCUUUAUUUUCCAAGCAUUAGCAAAAACAAGAGAUUAUUCCGUAAUGCAAAGGCCCGUCCACUCAGGUGUCAAAAUUUAUAAACACAGCUGGUGUUAGCGAUGUAAAGAAUUAAUAAAGUACACCUUGCCUGUGCAGGUGUUGUGCAGAAAUCCAAGAAAACCCUGAGCUCAUUCAUCCCUCCUCACUGUCUCAAGAGUGCUUAUCAGUGACACUUCCCAUAAUGACUGCUAAGAGGGAAACCGUGCAGUCUGUGGGCUCCUCCAGCCUGAUUGCACAAACAUCUAAAUCCGACCUCGGUUGGGAAAAUUAGCUUAAAUUAGUGCUGUUUGUUUUUACUUCAAGCAUUGUUAGUUUAGUGGCUGAUUUGCAAAUCACUGCUUCCUCACUCGUAACAGCUGUCAGCUCCAGCGACUGCACGGACACACACGUUGAUCAGGCGUCUCGAUAAUCAAUCGCUGCUGAAUCCCAAUCAGACAGCAAGAUAGAUAAUCCCGCACUGAUUUAUUCAGACGGUUCACGCAGCGCUCGUUCUGCAGUGUCAUCUGUUUGUUUCAGCCUGUUUGCACAUGUCUGUGUGUGUAUGUAGGCGGUCCAUCAGAGGGGAAGCUGUUGCCAGGCGAUGAGAUCAUCAUGAUCAACGACGAGCCCGUCAGUUCGGCUCCUCGAGAGCGAGUCAUCGACCUCGUGAGGUGAGAGCAACAUCCCCCAAAAAAGAAAAAGACAAACCAUGAUCCAAUCUGCUGUCUGUUAUUUAAAGUUUACACAAAGUUAGACAGAAGAAGCCAAAGUCACAAAUAAAAGUCAUUCUCAUUAAUUCACUGAUUGUAGUUUGUUUUUCUCAGACUUUAAUGAAGUGCUCGCCAAGUUUGACUCAUUCUUUACACUCUCGUGCAUAAAGUGAAGUAAAUACAACUGCUCAUCACACAAACAUCCUCUCAUUACAUUCAGAAAAUUAAUAUUCAGCAUCAAUGAGAAGGAAGACGAGGCUCUCUGCUGUUUCAGUGAGCGCUCUUUGGUUCACUGGAGAUACUGUCACACGUUUUCUAAAUUGGAAACAAAUUAGUGUGUGUAUUUGUGUGUUUAUGGUUUUAACCGCAUCUGCUUGUAAGUGCUGAUUGCCAGAGGCGUCUAAUUUAAUUUCAGACAAGCUAAUCAAGUUUCUGCUUUUUAUCUGCCUUUUGUUUUUCUCCGUCAUCAUCGUUUUCUGAUGAGAUCGUUGACUCUCUGAUCUCCUGUCUUCUUACCUCAGGAGCUGCAAAGAGUCCAUCGUGUUGACUGUUGUCCAACCGUAUCCUGUGAGUACAAAAAAAUCAUCAUCUGGAGUUCUUUGUGCACACAAUAUCUAUAUUCUAUACCAGUGUUUUCACUAGGGUUAGCAGUCUUUAUAUUCCCAUAACUACAAUGAUGGAUAAAAUUGUCAGAGGGGUUUAGAUAACUGUCACAACAUAAUAAAGGAAAAUUAAAAAAGACUGAAAUUCAUAUUGAUUCCUUUUUAUGAUAAUCUAAAACAUUUAACACCAUCACUGACAAUAUUCAACAGUUUUUUCUGCACUUUUUGAAGGUAGAUUUCAGAGGCAGCACUGAAAAAAGCCCUGUGUUUACAUUUGCCACUUUAAAGCUCCCAUAGGGAGUUUUUGGGCAUUUGCGAAACAAGCUGAAAUUCAUAUUGAUUCCUUUUUAUGAUAUUCCAAAGUGAACAACACCAUCAAAGACAAGAUAAACAAUUUGUAUAUCCUCAUUUUUAGUUCCUAAACAGACAGCCCUAUUUUUUUUUACCGUAUCCAUAUAAAAAUAAUUACAAUAAAUGACAUAUAUCAUUGUCAAAAGUCAGGCUGUAAAGGACAAGAUAUAGUUUCUCACUUGAGCUUUAAAGGCCACUUGAAUGAAUGAAUAAGUUAGUCAAUAAAUAAGUGAAUAUAUAUUUUUUAAAAAUCAACUUUGAGAUUCUAUCAAUAAAUACAUUUAAUUACGGAAACAAAAAAUGAUAUAUUAAAAUCAACAACUGGUUUAACCCAAAAUCUCUGAACAGCUGCAUCUCAGAAGUCUUUUUUUUAUUGACUGCUGUUUCCAAAGUAAAGAAGUGUGUUCAACACUGCUCCAAUGAUUUAUGUUAAAUCAAUCCUAUAUACACCAUCUGUUACUUUACAUUAAACACAACCACUAAAAUCGUGUCCAAGAACAGCAGAAUAUCUUCUUUCUGAGCAACAUUUCCCUUACAAUACCAGGUACUUAGUGAAAUAACAAUUCUUGGAGAUUUGGUAUCAUUUGAAAAAAAAAAGGUGUUAAGGUGCCAAUUCGGUGAGCCCUGCACCUGCUAGGUUGAACGGAUUUUUUCUAUUCUUUUUUCUCUUCACUUUGUGGAGAUCGCACUAUAAGACCAUGAUUGCCAUAUAAACGAGGUUCAUCAUAAUUACCAAUCUCUCCAAUCGUCAAUCAUGCCUUUAACACAGAAAGUAGCAUUUUUGGUAUUAAUGAGCAGGUAAUAACAAAACUUAAAUGGCUUAAAUGUUUAAAAUUUUCUUGUGGAGGACCCCCCCAAACCCCCUUUGAUUACUUUAGCCUCAUAAGGUUUAAAUACUUACUGUUUAGGAUUUCAAAAUAAAGUCCAAAAACCUUGCAACGCCCUAUUAUGGAGAGACAGAAACAACUUCCUGUGCACUGGUGCCCUGUUGCACACAGCGGUUCCUUUUUUUAGCUUCGCCCCUGCCCCUCAAACAGCUCAGUCUGCCCCUGCUGUUUGGUGACACUCUUGACACAGAAAUCGAUCAGCUGGGCUUCGUCUGAUAAUUUGAGGAAAAUUUUGGUGCAGUCUCUCAUUUUUUUCUUUUUUUUUUAACAGAGCUGCAUAUUCCAGUACGAUGAUCUUAAUCCUCCGGUGAAAUUGUGUUGCACCGCAUCGAGAUUUCAUUACUUGUGACCAAAACUUGUUCUUCCACUUUCAGGAUUGCUCGGUUAUUGUUACAGCAUAAAAUUACUUUUCCAAUGUGUGCUAGAAACCUGCUUUGUCCUCUGUCUUGGUGCAUGUAUUUUUUUUUUCCACUCUUACAUCUCUCUCCCUCCAUCUGUCUCUCUGUCUGUCUGUUCCUCUUUUUGGACGGCUGCCUCUCAGUCCCCUAAAUCAGCGUUCAUCAGUGCAGCCAAAAAAGCCAUGCUCAAGUCCAAUCCGGUCAAAGUGCGCUUUGCAGAGGAGGUCAUUAUAAACGGCCAGGUUCCAGUAAGUUCUGCUGCAGCCACACACACAUGAACACACACUCAUGUAUGACCUGGAUAGGCAAUGCCAGAUGGUUGUCACUUCUUUACAUAAGGACACUCAGGAAAAUGUCUGUUACAUCAAACUCAAACAAGAAGACUGACGGUUUUCCUCCUUUUCAGAACCCGGUGAAGGACAACUCUCUUCUGUUCAUGCCAAAUGUCCUGAAGGUCUACCUGGAGAACGGGCAGACCAAGUCUUUUCGCUUCGACAGCAGUACCUCUAUCAAGGUGUGUAUCUAAAUGUGUGUGUUUCCCCGCCCUGCAGUCAAAAUCAGCAGUCUGUGUUGCAUCUAUAAUUACAAAGGGAUAAAUUCAUUUAGACUACAAAUGGCUGCGUCCUGAGGCACAGACACACAGAGCAUGAAAUUCUAUCACUUUUUGAUUUCCAUUUCUUUAAGCACCUCAUUUAUUCAGCCGAGGUGGCAAAGAGCAGAUUGUCUCCGGAGUGCAGUUAGGAGGGAAGGGAGCUCGAUUAUUCCUUUCGCAAACUCAAUAUGAUGCUACCUGAAGAACUAUUUAAGAAGAAGAACAUAUUUGACUUCAUUUACCUCAAAAAUGCUUCAUUUCAAAUCACUGUAUAGGUUAUCUCUUGUGCAUUUCCAAACUUUUGGAUCCUUCUUCUCACAUACCGCAUUUUACAGCCAGAUUGCUGACUGUGUAGUGGGAGAAACAGUUCUGAUGAGUAAGGGAUAAUGCAUGGUUAAUGGGUAGUUAUGUAAAUUAGAAACCCAGACCAGGAUGUGAAGCUGUAGGGUCUACCUUUACAUGGCGUAAGUAUUAAAGUAACACCAUUUGAGUGGCUGAGACUAAGAUUUGAAGGCUUUAUCUGUUGGAGCUUGCUGUUAGUUGAAACACUAUCAUGUACAUAUUCAAAGUUCAUUUAGGGCAGUGGUUCUCAAGUCCAGUCCUCGAGGCCACACCUGAUUCAAAUAAUCAGCUCGUUAGUAAGCCAUUACAGAGCUUGAUAACGAGCAGAUAAUUUGAAUCAGGUGUGUUAGAGCAGGGAAACACCCAAAACAUGGAGGACAGUGGGCCUCGAGGACUGGACUUGAGAACCACUGAUUUAGGGCCCUUCCCUCCAUUUUCACUCAGUCUUUUUAAAGGGAUAUUCUGGUGUAAAAUUAAUUUAGGGUUAAACACACAUAACACCAACGUUAGUAACGACUGCACGAUAGCAAUACACAUAUGAUGAUGAAAUGAUCAUAGAUGUUCCUCCUUGAGCUGUGUCACCCCGCUGUAGCCCGUAAUGGACUGGCUUGAGGUCUCGCUACAAACAAGCAACUGCUGGAAGAGAGUAGGUGAGUUGUAUUUAGUCUCUUUGCUAAAGAAAUUAGGCAAAGUUAAAAAGAUGUUUGGUGGCUAGUACUGUGGCUGGGACCCUAUAUGUACUGUUGAUGAAGUUAGGUGCUGUUCUGAGCAUUAUUUGUGGCUAUAGAGUGGCGUUUUGGUUGAGGUUUGUAUAUGUCUCCUCAGACUGCUGUGUAUUGCUAUCCUGCGGUCGUUACUAAAGUUGGUAUAACUAGAGAAGCAAGCGGUCGGCAACAUUCAUCUCGCGAGGGGGUCUCUAACUUGGUGUUAUGGUGUGUUUGACCCUAAAUUAAUUUUACGCUGGAAUAUCCCUUUAAAUCCCACCGUAUUAUAUAUUCUUAGAGGCUAAGACAGAUGGUGAAAACAUUUUUGUUUUUAGUUGUAUGUGAAAGAUGCAAAUGCGAAACUCAGAAACAGGUGCUGCUACUCUGUGCUGAGGUUAUGUAUAGUGACUUUGUUGUAAUAUGAACAACUGUGACUCACUAAAUCCUAAAACUUACAUUAAAGCAGGUUCUUGGUAUGCUGUGCACUGUGUAAAUACAACAAGAAGAAUAGUUCAAAAGGAGUUUUACUUCAAAUUCAUCCAUUUUGAAUUGUCCCGUCUCUACAGUGAUUCCUCUAGAAUCUUUUAAUGAUUUUAUGCACGAUAGAUUAAUGAAGUUUCUAAAUUAGUGAUUUCAAAAACCGCCUUAUUCAUGUCUUAAUGCUUGUUUUACAUCUCACAUGGUGUGUUUAUUUCAGGACGUGAUCCUGACCCUGCAGGAGAAGCUGUCAAUCAAAUGCAUCGAGCACUUCUCCCUGGUGUUGGAGCAGAGGGAGGAAGGCUCCGGAAGCAAACUGCUUCUCCUGCACGAACAGGAGAUGCUUACUCAGGUAGGGUUUGUUAUUUUCUUCCUUAUUCACUUUCCUUCAGAAACACACGCACACACACACACACACACACACACACACACACACACACACACACUUAAACCCACACAAACACACAUUCCUGCUCAGUAUUCAAGCAGCAUUCGGACCUUAGUGUCAUUUAUCAGAACUGGCACAGCAGGGGCGACAGCUCGCAUUACACCUACUCUCCUCCUCACACUCACACACACACACACUCACACACUUCCUUUCACCCAACAGUGCCCGCUCCAUUCUAAUGAGGUUACAGGAUCACAAAGAAGAUCAUUUUGAUAUUCAUACUGCACAGUUGUGAUAUAGAGCUGAGGAUGUUGCAUAGAUGACAUGUUGACAUGAGUAAUCAAGUGUAUUCUAUAUAUUGUUGUACACCUGAGUGUCAGGGACAGGGUCCAAUGUAUAGAAAAAGAGAACCAGUCUCAAUGAUUGAAAAACUGACUUUUUUGCCCUUUUGUGCAGAAAACAGUAUCUGAUACUGAUCUCUUUGUUUGUUUGUUUGAAUGAAAUGCACAGGAAAAAAACAAACAAACGAGUUAUUUUUCUCCAGGUACUGCUGCUGAAUUAUACCACAAAGUUUUCAGGUCGUGAAGUGAGUUGAAUAACAUUCUUAUCGCGUUAUUAUUGAUGAUGCAGUCAAGGACUUUUUACACGGAAGCAUUCCCAUUAGCAGAAAACUAGAGAACUGACAAGAAAUUUUACACUGAUGCAGGAUUUGACAUGUUGAAUUUAUCUCACAAAUUACAAUGGACUCACUGCACCUCUAAAACACAGUAUCCAGCUGCUAAACAAACUCUAUUUCAGUAUGUGUUUUCAGGAAAGUUGUGUAAUUAGUGCAUCAAUCUUGUACUUAACUUGAUUCUUGAUGGACAAAUUUUAACAUUGCUUUUUAAUAAAUGAUGCAAAUCAGUUUAAAAUGCACAAAUUUUGAGUGUUUGAACUGUGAAACACACUGAAUCCAACAGAUCCUUACAACAUAAUCAUUAGUCUAUUUUAUCUGUUGAACUGAUUGUUUAUUUUUAUAUAAUUGUAGGCCCAAAUCACCGCCGUAUGUCGCAGCAUAGCCUUUGUUUAGGUUAAUUAGGCUAAUGUCCCAUAAUGCUUUACUACCUGGAUGUAAACAAGCACAGAUGCCAUCUUAUAGCCUCACGCUCUUUGGCAGUACUUUUAUAUUGAGGCUGUGUCUAGUUAGACUGCCCUGUGGACAAUAACCUACAAAGCGCACUUAAGGCAGGUGGUGCUAGCUCUACUAGGGUUAGCCACACUUGGUGAGCCAGUUUCACAUGGUUAAGGUCCAGACUGUGGGAUCCUGUGACUCCCUCUGUCACCUGAGAUCAUCCCUACUUGUCCUUCUUCUGCAAAUACAGAAAAUAAACUCUACUAUUACAACCACAUGUAGUUCUUCUACAACUUUUACUCCCACAAAUUUGGCCUCCCACUUCCAGGGUUUGCAUGCCUCUCCUUACUCUCUAGAAGUAGUUUCAGUGCGACUACACCGUACUAUCUUUCCCUUCAGAUAAACUAUGUGUCUUCUGAACUCUUCUUUUGACUCCAGUUUCGCAGCCACAGCUUUGUUUACCCGCUCAUGAUUGUACGCUGCCGCCUCACUUCUUUCUCUUCAUCCCUGCUUGUGCCGAUGCCCCCCGUUCAUCUAUCACCCUGCGAUCGAUCUCUUCCUUCCUCUCUCCUUGUCCCCUCCCGCCUCCCCUGUCCCCAGGUGACUCAGAGGCCCGGCUGUGACAAGAUGAAAUGCUUCUUCAGAGUCAGCUUCAUGCCCCGGGACCCCGUGGAGCUGCUGCGGAGAGACGCUGUGGCGUUUGAAUACCUCUAUGUACAGGUGGGCGGACUCAUAAUUAAAGUACAAAAACUACAUCUGGCGACUACGAUGUAGCUCCUGACUCAUCCGAAUGAGGAAUCUUUGAUCUACCGUAUGGUUUGGAAGUGACUUUCAUAAUCAAGAGAGUUACUCGCAGGGAUACCGAGGGAGUCCUGUCAAAACAAAAACCCCAGUCCUCAAAUAAACCUGCUCUUAUAUAAGCUAAUCCUCUCUAAAACAGUAAACUGCUUCCCCACAGGCCUUCUUUGAUAAUUAGUGGAGUGAAACAGCCCCACUGAAGCAAAGCUACACAUCUUUCCUGUCAGAGUUCACUGUUUUCUGCUUCCGAGUCUUUCAUAAGGGACAGGAUCCCUUUGAAGGAAUCUCCAGCCUGUUUCAGCUCCACGGGAAUCCCUCGAUGCCGCCGUCAAAAACACUUCAGACGGCCACGAAGGAUAGAAACCGACUGUGUGUUUCUUAUGUGAUGUUCCUUUGACUUUCUCGUAGAGCUGUAACGAUGUGGUCUUGGAACGGUUCGGCCCGGAGCUGAAGUACGACGCUGCGCUGCGGUUGGCUGCUCUGCAGAUGUACAUCCUCACCAUGACAACCAGGCAGAGUCAGAAAGUGUCGCUCAAAUACAUCCAGUAAGUUUUGGACAGUUAACACCAUUUUCUUUGUGAUUAUAGAGGAGGAAGUGAUCUGGCUUCUGUUUAUAAUUUAGUGUAGUCUUUUUACAAACUUCAGGCCAUUUGAAUUGGAUAUAAACCACAAUUAUGUUCGUCUCUUUUUGGGGUAUAACUAAGCCAGAGUGAGUCCUCUCUGUAACUAAAGUCCAUGAUUUCCAGAAACUAUUUGAAACAGCAGACUUUUCCACCUUGUGUCAGUCCGUCUCAGGUAAGCUCGGGUCCAGAGGAGCUGUUGUCGAUUUCUGGCUGUUGUUGAUUUCUGGCUUUGUCUUUGCGCGGUGGAGUUUGAACCUGUACUUGUAGAUGUAUAGAGACCAACUGUGUGAGCUGGCGAUGAUUUACUUAAGAGUUCCUGGUAGUAUUCUUUACAGAUUGAUGUUAAUUUUUAAUGCAGUGCCGCCUGAGGAGUCUAAGGUCAUGGUCAUUCAAUGCUGGUUUUGGGCCUCGCUCCUUACAUGCAGAUUUUUUCCAUAAAAUUGAUGAUUUUAUGGACUGUACACACUGAGGUCUAAAAGAGGUCUAGUACAGUGGUUCUCAAGUCCAGUCCUCGAGGCCCACUGUCCUGCAUGUUUUGGAUGUUUCCCUGCUCCAACACACCUGAUUCAAAUGAUCAGCUCGUUAUCAAGCUCUGUAAUGGCUUAAUAACGAGCUAAUCAUUUGAAUCAGGUGUGUUGGAGCAGGGAAACAUCCAAAACAUGCAGGUCUAAAAAUGAAGGGUUUUUAGAUGUCUAAAUUUAGACCAAGUUUAGACUAGCCGCCAGACAGAGGUCUAACUGUAUAUUGCUCAACGGCUAUCAUAAUUAUUUUGGUUAAGUACUUGGAGAUCAGUUAUGCAGCUCACCGUUGCUUUUUGAAAUAAACAGUUAUCAAAUAGUGGGUCAAAGUGCAACGUCUAAAUUCUGUCUAAAAAUAUACAGAAUCUAAGCGAUUGAAAUUAGGUCUAAAAAAAAAAAACUAGUUGUCUAAUAGCUGUCUAUUGCUCAGUGGGUAGAUGAUAAAAUCACUAAAUUCCUGCAGUUGUAGGUUGAAAAAUGUUCUUAAACUGUUGGACUAUUUGCUCACGCAGUUGUUCACAAAGUGAUAAACUUCUUGCUUGUGGGGAUUCUCCUUUUAACAAAAAAUUUCCUUGGUGGGUUGGCAGAAGUUUAUUUCCCAUGGCGCCCAAAGUCUGUUGAUCACGUCUCAUGAUCUGACCUGAUCUAAGUGCUUCAAAAUUAUUCAUUCACGGCCUCAAAUCCAGUCCUUUAUGUUGUGUUAAAAGUAAGUUGUAGCAAUGUGCCUGUCUUGAUUAAGUAAAACCACGUUAUUAUGUCAAAAUGACCCCCUAUCAGUGCAGUUUGGGAGCAUGGGAUUCAGCAUGUGUGGCCUGUUUUAUUGAGUUAAUAAGUUGUGCCUUUCCUGAAAAUAUCAAGAUCUAUAAGUCCUGGAAAGCAUCAGGAGUUUAUGUAUGAUAUACUCACUCUUUAAGUUGGAUGUAUGCGUAAUUGAAAGGGAAUUUUUUGAAUUUGCAGAUUUCAUCAUAGCUUUUUUCUGAGAGUAACAAAAUUCUCUUUCGUGUCGUGACUGUCUCGCUCUCUAACUAACAGCGUGUCUCUGAGUCUUUUGGUUCUUUGCCAUUGACUUGAAGCACUCAAGCCCAUGGCUGUUGAGAGUCCUUCUUUUUCCUGAGGGUUUAUGUUAGACUUAAAAUCAAUGUCCCCUUUCACAGAAAGGAGUGGGGUCUGUCGCUGUUCCUGCCUCCCGCCGUGCUGUCCAGCAUGAAAGAGAAAAACAUCAAGAAAGCUCUGACGCACAUCCUCAAAACCAACCAGAACCUCGUGCCUCCAGGGAAAAAAGUAAGCCGCUCCCUUUGUCUUUCCCCGUCCUUGCUAAUAAACUUCUGACACGCACACACACACAUGCGCGCAAACACACAGCCUGUCGGUUUUCUGAUGCAAUAUCCGAAAAUAGCCCCGCUGCCACGCUCAACCUUGUAAAGGUUCUCACCCUUGUCAACCUCAGACCUUUCGUCAAGUGAGACCUUGAAUAGUAAUGAGAAUAAGAAGCUAAAUGGAUUGUCAAACGGUGUGCAUAAAAAGAUAUUCAUAUUCACACGCACAUGUUCCAGACAGAUGCUGCUGUUCUAGCAUCAGCUGAACUUUUUAGCUCUGUCUGGAAAACUUUUUCAGAUAAAAGUUCGUCUGCUCAUUUUUUAAGACAUUUAUUUACCUUACCAGACUGGAACUUAAGCCAGAGAUUCACUCUUGAGAUGUCAUGAAUAUGAGGCCGGUGAGAAGCAAGAUCAUUUGAAUAUAGAGGUGGUACUUCCUGGAUGAGUGAUGCUGACUGCAGCUGUAUGCAGGAGCCGCUCUGUCCUGGAUAAAAACAUGCCUUAUGUGUGGAAAGUGAAAGUUUGUCAGUCACGUUUGAGAGAGACUGAUCUUUCUCCUCUCAGCCUGAGCAGCGUGUUGUGCUCCCUAAUCAUUUACAUUCACAGUGGCAGCUGGUAGCCAACAUACUUAUUAGGGAAAGAUACAGCCAGACGAUGAUGCUCAAUUUUAGCUUUGUUAUUACAGUCCUGGAGCUAUCACUCAGAUUUUAACAGAAGAGGCUGCUUGCUCCGGUUUGUGGAAAGGCAGACUGGUUAAAGUGAAAAUGAUAUUCAUAAAUACAAAAUGAUGUUUUAAUAAAGAUGUCUGGUUUUCAAGUAGAAGGUCAGACAUUUCAUUAGCCUAAUGUUUCCGAGACAGGAAGGUUGGUUAAAAAAAAGACACUGCACAGGCGUCACCAAUAAAUGGUCCCGGAUAUUUUCCUUUUAAGGCUAAUUUUUUCAUUCAACACUCCUAUUCAGUGGAAGAACCAGAUUGUCAAGACCACAGAGAAUGCCAUGUCCAUGGUUUCCAUACAAGAGUAUCAAAUUUUACUGUAAAAAACAUAGAUUUCCAAGAAGUACAGGGUAUCUGCGGGGUCUUAAAAAGUCUUAAAACAUCUAAAAUCCAAUAAUUAGAAUUUAAGGCCUUAAAAUGUCUAAAAUUCUCUUAAAACCUCAUAAUAUGUCUUAAAUACAAUUUCGAAAGGUCUCAAAAAUGUAUUGAUGUUACUUACAAAUGAAGAUUGAUUUGAAGUUAUGUAAAGUGUUCUGAUUUCCCUUCAUGUCUUUUGUACUUUUUUGACCAGUAUGGAUGUAAAGUGGGUCUUAAAUUGUAUUCUUAAAAAAGUAUUAAAAAGUCUUACAUUUGAAAACCUGCAGAAACCCUGUCAUAAUAGAAAUUGCACAUGCAGAUGAAGGCAUGAAAAAGUGUGCAAUAUUACACUCAUAUGUGUUAAUAAGCUUCGAGUUUGAGAUGAAAACAUUUAGGCAAAAUUUACCACAGACUUUUUUUUAUCAUCAGUCCUGAAAUAAUAAUGAAAUAAGCAUAAAAUGCUUUGUUUACAUGUUAAACUCAACUGUAAAAGUACAAAAAAGUCAACUCAUUGAUAUAUUCUUAAAGUGUAACUUAAGAUAAACAUCAUUUUGGAAAUCCUAUCGGCCCUAAAUGUCUUUCCUAAAAGCUGCUUCACUGGCACUGCAGUGAAGCAGCUUUUAAGAUUCAAUGAUCUAAUAGGAUGUAACGGAGAGUUCCAAAUGGCCUGAGAGUGCUUUACAUCCUGACAUUAGGAGACAAAUCCGACUGUUCAGCUUGAAGUGAUAUCCUUUCAAAUGCUUUACAAUUGUGUUUCUCCUCUCUAUUUGCAGCUGACUGCUUUGCAGGCCAAGGUGCAUUACCUGAGGUACCUCAGUGAACUCAGACUGUACGGAGGGAGGGAGUUCAAAUCAGUACUGUUGGUAAGAAGAGAAGAAAACUUGUGUUUGAACUGCAUCUCUGUUGAUGUUCGGUAAAUGAAAACUUUUGUCUUGAACUGUCAACUUUUUCCAGCAAGGGGAGAAGCAGACAGACGUGACACUGUUAGUCGGCCCUCGUUACGGCAUUAGUCAUGUCAUCAACGCCCGGACAAACCUAGUGGCCCUAUUGGCUGACUUCAGCCAUGUAAACAGGAUCGAGAUCCUCACUGAGGACGAGACCAACGUUCGGCUGGAGCUGCAUGUUCUGGAUGUCCGGGUAAGCAAGUUUCUGUAGAAAAACAAUCACUCAAUCUACUUGACAAAUUUUUCUCAAACUGCAUUUAUUCUCUUUAUUUUAGUAAACCCUCCUUUUUUUGUUCUUUUUCAACAACAGCCCAUCACGCUGAUCAUGGACUCAAGUGAAGCAAUGAACCUUGCCUGUUUAACAGCAGGCUACUAUCGCCUCCUAGUGGAUGCAAGGAGAUCUAUCUUCAGUGUGCCACACUGCAACAGCACUGGGGAUGAUACAAGUGAGUUAUGUUGAACCAUGUGGAUGUUUGUGUGUAUAAGUGGGCAGGACUAAACGUGUUGAAAACACUGAUAAAUUUAAGGUAGAGCUCAGCUUUUCUAUCCAUUUACAAAUGUUCAACCGUGUCUACAAUUUAAGGAAAUCAUAUAUUUAACUUGACAUGUAUUGGACUGGAUUUAAUGGCUUGAAAAUGAUUUUUUUCACAAGUAGCAUAAUUAUUUAAAAGGCUUGAAGAAGAGCCCUUAAAAACAACAAAGAUGAGCUGAAUCUUUUUUGUACUUAAAUUACAACCCCUUUUAAAAAUAGUUGAGAUGCUCUGUAAAAUGUUAACAAAAAUAAGAUUUAAUGGUUUUCAAAUAAUGUAAAUCAUAUAUUUAUAUGAAGGAAAAACUGCUAAUCAAAGGUGGAACGUGAAUCACUGUGGUUUAAUGAAUUGCUUUGGGCCCUUGCAGUGAUUUCCACCGCAGAGUCAUGUCUGUUUCUUGAUGCUAUGUUAUGUAGAUGAUGAAGUCCACUGAAACUUCACAAUUAUUCUGAAAUUGUAAUUAUUAUGCUCAUGCAGUCUCUCACAGUGCAGUGAACCUCUUCCUGUUUUUAUUUUGAUGAGACUCAUCCUCUCUGGAACAACUUUUCAUGCCUGGUUGUGUUGCUUACCUGUUGAAAAGUUUGUUGGAGAUGCUCCUCCAGUUAGUUUAUCAGGAUCACCCAACUUUUUUGGUGUUUUGUUGUUCCCAUCCUUACUUUUUUGAAAUGUGUUGCUAGCAUCAAGUUAGAAACAAGCAGAUACUUUGAAAAACCAAGAGCAUUUAUUAGUUGGAACAUUUGAUCUGUUGUCUUUGCUGUGUUUUCGGUUAAAUAUAGGGUUUACAAAUUCUAUUUAAAGUUGUGUUUUACACAUAGUUUCCAGACUUUUGGAGUUGGGGUUUUUUGUGAACCACACUAAGUAACAAGAACUUAUACUACUUCUGCUGCAGGUCAGGAUCGUGUCCUGGAGUGGCCAUACAGCACAUCUUUGGGCUACAACGAGGAGCAAAUCCAAGGAGACGUCUACAACAGGGACUCUCAGUAUUCGGACAAUGGACAGAGUGAAAACAGCAUCUCUCCUUACUUCCAUGAACCCCAAAACCCUGACAGAGACCUCGGGGAUCGGAGGAGUCCUGUGCCCCCUCCUCUUCCCCCUGCUACCCGACACAAAAUACAAGACUCACCUCGGAGCGCCAAAGUCUCAUUUAUUUUUGGGGGCGACCCACCUUUGACCAAGUCCAAGAAUUUAGGCUAUGAAAGACUGUUAGAGAGCCCUGAGGUACCCGAGCACAGACCGCACUACUUGCACAAUAAUUCAGACUUUCGGGGACAGGACAGGGUGCCAUUUCAGUUUAGUGGUCUGACUCAUGUCUAUAGUAACAUAAUAACCGAGGAAGGAGCUGAGGAGCCAGUGUUAAGGGAUCUAUUUUAUCGUGACACAACAGAUGACGCAGAGGAUGACGACGAUGCCUCCUGUGAGGAGGACUCCACAGGGGGGACACCUGUUUGCGAAGACAGAGGAGGUGGAGGUGAAAACGGCGGGAGCCAAGGAGGAGGGUUAGCCACAGCAGCUGGCAAAUCCACCUUCCUGAAAAUUUCUGGUUCCACUGACGACAUCAUCGACCUUACUUCGCUGCCACCUCCAGAGGGGGAUGACGGCGUGGAUGAUGAUGAGGACGACACGUUGCUGCAGACCCUCAACCUCGCAAUCGCAGCUCCACCACCAGGCUUUCGGGACAGUUCGGAUGAGGACACGGCACCUGAGGGGAGGCCGCUGAGCACACCUGACAAUGAUGACAUCCCAGUGUCGCUGAUUGAUGCCGUCCCAACCCAUGUGGAGGGGGAGGGGAGCAGGGGAGAGGAUAGGAGGCUGGAGAAUGCAGUGGUGAAUACUCUGCAGGCGCUGGAGGCUUUGUCUGUCUCUGAACAGAGACCUCCCCCACCACCACCCAGUAACAACCCAGGUCUGGUCAAUAGCAUUAUUUGUUCCCAUUUUAAGCACUGGUUUUGUUUGCUUCAAAGCCCCCCAAAUAAAUUCCAUCUCAUUCUAUGGUCUGUUGCACCACAACUGGUGUAUUAGAUCUCUGUUUAAGAAGAGGCUUGGGUAUGAUGGCCAUACUUUUACAGUGUUCUAAUCCUGUCAGGUGAGGAUGAGGUAGCUGUCAGCUACCCUCAGACUAAAAAUACCUUUUUGGUUUAUUCUUUGAAUUAAGGAUGGACAUGUUGCAAACAGACAGAGAUAAAACAGAAUUAAAGCUAGAAUAAACUCUUUCAUAUUAGUUUAUUUCCCACAUAUAUGAUACAACGAUACUGAACAAUGUAGUUGCACGAGUGCACAAAAACACAAUGCAUUCGCCUGGGAUUUAUUCCUGUUAUUUUAUAUUCCCCUAUUCCAAAAUUUAAGAUAUCACUGUGUUGAUGUUCCAAAACAUCAAUAUCACCACUAAAUGAGAAAAAUCUCAAUUCACAGAAAUCUAUUUGUAUAACAGGCCUCUUCAUGAAUUACAAAUAUGGACUUAGUGCUUUGGGAUAUUUACUUAAGUAUUAAUUUCUCGACUGUUUGCUUUAAAUUGAAACAGCCAUUUUUAUCUCUUUAUCUUCUAGGUGCCUAUGCAUCCCGAGGCUUCAGUCCAGAGCCAUCCUCUGAUUCUGGUAAUGAGACAAACUCCUCAGAAAUGACUGAAAUCUCUGAACUUGCUGCUACUCACAGGCUCAGUGAGAGCCACAUGCGUCUCCUGGUUGCCACAAGAGAAGGAUACCAACCUCUCCUUGAGGAGAAAACAGAAUUCCCCGUUUCACCCAGUUCAACCGGAACAGUACAGAAAAGACCCCGCAGUCCAACACGCCAUCUUCAGCCUCCAGCAGUUCCUCCAAGAAGGAGCCCCCUAUUGGAUGUCCCCUCAACAGGACAAGAAGGCUUGGAGCUAAGGGCCCACCUCUCAUCCACUCUCCAGCGUCCCAGUUCAACCACACCAGGGGGGAAGCAUCACAAAAAAUCUGCAGACUCAAGUGGGAAGUAUAACACCUUCAGCACAAGGGAGGGGUAUCGGGGUGAGGGAAUUGGGAGUCGCAGCCGGCUUGACUUGGACCAGCGCACAUCAUUCUGUGAGCGAGGGGAAAUUCAAAGAAGACAAAAUUCUUUUUAUGCAGAAAACUCUGCAGCUGAAGGCCUUGGGAUGAACAGCCACCCCCAUGACCAUCACAGAAAUCCCCGCCCUUCCUCUACUACCUCUGAACGUCUGUUAGACACUGUCAACACGGAGGACUGUCAUGCAGAUAAUGGAGCUGGGGCUGUUGAUCCAGAUGAACAUUUAGUUGUGGCAUCCUUGUUGUCCCCAGCCAAAAAACCCAGAUCAGGGGGGUCUGAACAGGGAUCAGACAUACAGAGUGACCAUCCACCUAUGUCCAGACAGCAGAGUGUUGCACGGUUGUGCGAGUACCACCUUGCAAAAAGGAUUUCAAAUUUGCAAGGGGAAGCCCAAAGCUCACUGCAGGGUUCUUUGUGCUCAUCACUGGAUGCUGGUGGUAGCACAAACAGUAGUGCAUGUGCUACCCCGACUGACUCCCCUCUGGGCCCUGGACCAUUUGAAUCAAAGCAUCACCAUUUGCAAAGACACCCGCUUUCUAGCUCCUCCUCGUCAUUGCUCAGGGUGUUUAACUAUGACGAUAACAAACCUGGAAUCCCUCGCGGCAUGCCUGGUCAGAGCGCUCAGGGAAAGGACCUACACCCUCAUGCUGACCCUGCCCUACUCCGAAAAAUGCUGCCCAAUAUUCAUGCUCCUGGUAAUGGAGCUGAACAAGGACGUCCCUCCUCUGCAACACCAUCCAAGCAUAAAGAAUCUACAGGUACUGGCAAGAAGGCGCACAAUGAUCCACAUCCUAAACAACAAGCCUCUUUAAAGGGGAUAAACCAGAAAGAAGGCAGUGAGGCUUACAGACAACUGAUUAACUACUUAACAGUCAGCCAGAUGCAUCAAGGUGGGAAGCUGCAUAGCGCAGGCAUGGGAGCAGCAGUCAAAAAAGACACCAGGCGUUUUAUCACAAGCAACCCCCAGCUUGUUGAGAUGGUUAAGAAUAGGGGGAACACCAUUGCUCGCUGUCCAUGUAUGCCUUCCUCCAUAUCAUCCCCAUUUCUCACCCCCAAUUCUGCCCCGAUGCAAAUGGCAAAUAAGAAUCAACGGUCAUACCAUUCAGCCACACUUCCUGCAAAACUUAAGAGAAGUCCUGAGAUGCAUUCUCAGAUACUAAAUGAAAAUGUAGAUUUCAGGCCAAGUACUUCUGAGAGGAGAAACUCCUUUUCUGGUCUAGAAAGUGAAAUAGAGAGGAGUGGUAUGGAUCAAGAGCAGUUCCUGGCAAUGUACAGGAGAGAAGGUUGUGUCAGUCCUGAUGACAGAUUCAUUACAGGUGGAAACCACGAGGAUGGAGGUAACCCAAACCGUCCCCCACCUCGUUCAAGAAGCCAACCAAGUGGCACAACAGAAGAUUGGUUCAGAUCCGAGCCAAGAGUGAAGCAUGCUGUUCGUCAGUCCUCCCAUCAACGACCAAAUGACUCUCUCUGUUUUUCUGCCACCCCCGGUGCAAGUGGUCAACGAUCAGAUUUCAACACCGUCUCUCUGGGAAAAGGAGACCAUCCCUCUGCUUUUAUUAGGCAGGCAUCUACAGGCCCAAGGGCUUGCAUUACUUCCCCAUCUCGCAACCCACAAUCACCACCUCCUCCACCACCUCCCCCACCACUACCACCUUCCUCUCUGUUGUCCCUUCCAGCACAAGCCAACACUAGCUCUAGCAACUCAGGAUGCCCACAGGAUUCCAUGCAGUACCGGCCGAGUCAGAACCACAUUCAAGCUCUUACACCAACCCCACAGUCAGAUUCCUUAAGCAACAGCCUGCAACGGGGUCGUGAGCUUAAGCGAAGUUCUAGCAAUGUGACUGCCAGUUCUGGUAGUGCAGAAGUUCUGUUUGACAAGCCCACUCGAAGCAGGAGCCAGCAGCCCUUGUCACCAUCUGUGCCCCAUCAAGGUGAGACUAAAGUCCAGCGAAGGCAAACAAGGAAGCGACUCUCCAAGAGCUACUCUCAAGGCUCUGUGUCUUCUCACACCUCGUGCUGGUCUACAGGCAAUAGGUUAGACUGUCGAAGGGCUUCUGUUGCGUUUCCAUUGCAGAAAGAUGGAAAACAUAUCAAGGGCUCUCAAAAACUGGACACCAGUCCCUGGAGAUGCAAUGGGCCUUUCAGCUACUGCUUUUUUAAACGAAAGAGUGAGGGCGAGGAGGAUGAUACUGAGUGGGAGAGGCCAAGACGAGGCCGUGGUGGGAGUAAUAUCAGUGCUUGUGGUGACGGUGCUGCUGUGUUCCCUUGUGGCUCAGCGGUGGAUGCAGCAGGGGAGCAGCUGUAUGGGGAGGUCCUCAAUAACAUGAGCUUUAGUGACCGUCUUGCACGAAUCAAUGCGCUCAAGGACCGCAUGUACGGCUUCCCAUCUGGCUUCACUGACGUCCGCCGUGAUGCUAGUGAACUCAUUGCACUGGUGAGAUCCAGCAUAGGUCGCUGUGACCGUGGAGCCCAGAUGCCUCUGCAAGAUGUUUCCCAAUACAAGCAGCUCCUCUCUGUUGAGUCAAAAGAAUUAGGCCGGGCAUGCCGUCGGAUGGCACAAGCCCAUGGUACUCCUGAGGAGAUGCUGCUAGCUGUGACUUGUAGUUUCCAGGUGCUAUGCUGUCUCUGUGAAGCCUGUAUGUGUCUGGUCAGAGGGCUCGGAGCUUCAGCCUCACACCAACAGAGAGAGGUUGUUGCAAAGGUUGACGAGGUCGUUAUGAACUAUAUAUGUUUGCUCAAAGCCGCUGAAGCUGCAACAGUGGGAGCACCUGGGGAGCACAGCGUAAAAGCCCUGGUCCGCCACUCCAGUACCAUGUCGGCCAUUGCUAACGCACUCACCCGCUCCCUUAAAACGCUGCUUAGCAAGUAGAGGCUACUUCUUAUGGUUUUUAGUGUGGCCUAAGCAGUCAGUAAAGCUCUGUUUUUAAGCAUCUUUUUAUUAGUGCGAGUUAGUUCAAAUAUUGCUCAUACAAGUUCUGAAGAGUCGCCAUAUCAAUAAAAAGUGCAAAAGUUCACAUUCAACACUGAAAACUGGGUAAGAUGCUGAAAGACAGUACGGUCUGACUUCACUUGCUUUUUCUGAUGACAAUAUUGUAAUGCAUAUUUACAAAGCCAUACUGUCACAGACCUUUGUAUAAUGAUAUAAACCUAAUAGAUACCCUUUUACCUGUGCAUUAUGUAACUUAUUUAAAAUAUGUAUAUAAUGUAAAUAUACACUAUAGUUAUAUUAUUUGCCGUAGCAGUUUUAAGAAGCCACAGAGUAUUCAGCUUAAUUUGCUCUACUAUUGUAUAGAACUGGAGAGAAUUCACAUUCAGUUCAAUCAGUUCAUAAAGUGCAGUUUUACUAAAGAUAUUUAUUAUUGUAAUAACUAAAAAUGUACCUGUAGACAUGUCAGUGACAUGUGUCACAGUAAGCCAAGUGAGGGGAUUUUUAUAUAAUUUAAUUCACAUGAUAAAUGUUGGGUCGUACUGUGUUUCUGAAUGACUAUAUUAAAGUCACUCCAACAUAAGAUGCAUUACAGUGCUGUUGUUUUUGGGUGCAAGAUGAGGGGUCCAAAUUACAGGGACACUGGCGUUGCACUGCAUUCUCGACUGUGUGAUAUUUUAUUUAAAUAGAUUAUUUACAGAAGAGUAUAACUAAGCUGUUCCCUAAGAAACUAAACACAUAAAAUAUAAUGACACUAUGAUAUUCACAAUUUAUAAAGAAAUAUUUCAGAUUGACCACUGUGUAAAUUCUAAUGAAUUAUUUUUACGUCUUCAUGUUUGACUAUCAUGUGUCUCUGAAUAAGUUCUGUGCUUUAAAGAUUUAUUACUCCACAAAAUGUAUCAAGAUGCAUUUUUGUCUCUUGGCAGGAACCUUAUUUCUGUUAUGCUUUUUUUUCGAUAACCCACCAAUCUAUUAAAAACACAUUUUUACAGAUAAAGUAUU